GAAACUAGCCAAGAAGCAAAAGGAGACGCAGAGCAGCAGUCAGAGAGAAAUGGGCCCAGUUGCUUCUUCAGACAAGACUGCUACGAAACUCAGUUCUGCUCAUAAUGAAGAAGCCUUUUCUUCAAGCUGCCAAGAUGUUAAUGGAUUCAGUAAGUUUUACUUGUUUGCAAUUGGUACCUCCAUAUUCAGAAAGCUUUGUGGUAAUUAAAACGCUUGGAUCCCAUGGGAACAAAAAUCUUAAGGAUUUGAAACGUAUUGUAAGGGAAACAACAGUAAUAAAAAUAACUGGGAGAGUGAAAUGUCUCCAUUUCUGUUCCUGAGAUGUUUCUCUUUCUGCUACAGGUCUCUGCUUUUUCUAAUGUCACUUGAAUAAAAGUAUUAAAAUAAUUCAUUUUAGCACCUGAGCAAUUUAGGCAAGUUUCUGUUUCACUGAAUUCUGACUUAAGUAGAACAACUGCACAUGGUUUUUGAACUGGCUGUGCAACCCCCAAACAGACAAACCAACCCCAGGGAUAUUUGGAAGUUGGGGUUCUUCAUGACCUAGUGGCCAUACAGUAACCAUACAGUUGCCACAGUUCAUCAGAGCAGGAACAACAGCUCCAGGUCAGGUGUUACAUGUCCAUAGCAACCUAUUCCUCCAUUACUAGGUCCAGAUCAACCCAGCAUUGUUACACAGCUGCUGAUCUCUGCCACAUCCCAUGCCUGUGGUUUGACUUCCCCCUGCCCUGGCACUGGAAAGGAAUAUCACAUCAGUACAGUGCAGCUGAUGAUGGUGCUGAUAUAAUUUAAAUUUCCUCUAAGAUUGAAGGAUAUGUCUUGCUGGACAGCUGAGGAAACACACAGAAAACAGAGCACUGCAUUUUUGUUACAAUCCUCUGUGCUUAAUUUUUUCUCUCUCUCCAAAACAACACAUGGCUCAGUUAUUAAUCAAUACUAUCUAAAACUAUGCUAAGCUGUUUUAGUUAGAGAGUGCAGGUUCACAGGCAAAGUUAGAAAUCAGAAAUGUGGUCAGUGUUAGAGGACGCCUGGAAACUACAGACAUUCCACUUCCACCUGCAACCAUUCUUAGUAGCUGUUAAUGGAAGGGCUGUAGCUCACUAGCAGGGUAUUGGCUUUACAUGAAGAAGGUCCCAGGUUAUAUCCCUAGCAUGUCCAGGGAGGGCUAGGAGCCACGGAAGCAGAAAUGGCCUCAGCUUUUGUGCUCAUUUGUGGUCAGGAAUAGGACUCUGGUAACUGUGAGGGACCCAAUGUGGUGUAGUGGUUAAGAGCAGUAGACUCAUAAUCUCAUAAACUCAGAAUCGGGUUCGCGUCUCCGCUCCUCUGCAUGCAGCUGCUGGGUGACCUUGGGCUAGUCACACUUCUUUGAAGUCUCUCAGCCCCACUCACCUCACAGAGUGUUUGUUGUGGGGGAGGAAGGGAAAGGAGAUUGUUAGCCGCUUUGAGACUCCUUCGGGUAGUGAUAAAGCAGGAUAUUAAAUCCAAACUCUUCUUCUUCUUCCAAACUGUAAUGUUUUAAAAACCAGGAAACAUAAAAUAAUUUUGUGGAGUGUGGAAUCUGCCAUGUAAGAAGCCUUGUAUUGAAGCUGCUGUGAUUUUACCUAGUACCCUAUGGAAGAAAUGGAUAUAGGUACCUACUCAGUGAAAAAAAGAGAUGGCAAGGAAGAUCAGACUAGGGAGCUAAAAUUAUCCACAAGUAUCUGUAGCAUCCAGUGAGGUACAUUACACAGAGCACAUCUCCUGAAGCCUGGCAUCCCAUGAGCAUGAUGAGUGAGACGCCGUAUCAAAUGAACAAUGAUACACUAAUGAUCCAUCCAGCACAGAGGCACUGCUGCGCUGACACCACACUGAUGGACUGUCAUGCAGUAGGUCAUACAUAAAGCAGAUCUGGCAGGAGUGGUCCAAAGGAGUACUCUGUAUCAUGGACACAACCAGGUUGACAGCUGUUGGAAAGUAAGAGAAGAAAAAGGAAGAUAAAGUUUAGGAUUUUAUCACAGGUUGCUUAUUCAGGAAUCUCAGUUUGGAAGCCAAGCAGUUUUGCUUUGAAACUAAAGGGCGUGAAAUAUUCACUUCUGAAACAGAGGACAUUGCCUAAGGAAGUCCACGGGAAGGUGUUAUGCUAGCAUGACAUCUGAUGUUGCAUUCAAAGCCAUGCUGUCAUGUGCAGUUAUAAAGUUAGCAUUGCCUACUGGGAACUUAGAUGGGAACAAUAAGGGCAAAGAUGAUGAGUACAGAAAAAAGUUCCUUAUGAGUAUUAUUAGAGCUGACACUGAAGUUCACCAGUUGUGAAAUUCAGGUUGAAUACCUAACUCCUGCAGUAGCUAAAGCUUUCCUCCAGAUCCUGAAAGCCUCAGCAAAAGCUGCAAAACUUUCAGCAUAUUUCCUCCACAAAAAUCAGUUGAGUACAUUCACUAUACUGUGCAUAGAACAAGAGAAAGGAUGUGAUUGUUCUAUUUGUCUAGAAUAGUAAACCCUUGUUAGUUUGGGGGCAAAACAACACAGUUGGUGGUACAUGAAGGGGUUUCAUCCUCCCAAUUGUUGUGUGAGGCUGAACUUGGGUGGGGAUGGGACAAUGUAGGAGUAGCAAACCUUGGGGAGCGCCAGAGUUGGAGGUGGUGGCUCUGCAGGUGUGGGUAUACUGGUGGGGCUGCUUCCACCAGCUUGGAACUCCAUCGACCAUGCUGCUUCACCCUACCUGAUCCCUGUCUAAAUAAGCACAACACGAUCACUACUGGGAACACACUACUGCUUCCAUAUACACACAAACCCUCACAAGCCACUGCUGUGUUGCUUUGGAAGCACUGGCAAACCCAUUCUUAUAUAUUAGAAUUCAGCGUUUUAAGGUCUGUAUGACACAGUAUGCUAUCACUUUGGGUUAUAUCCAAUGUAGUGGUAAAGUAAGCAUCCUGUCAGUGACAGAAUUUCUGCUUGUGCAGCUGGACUUUUUCUCCCUUCUCCCCUUGCAUAUCCCCUAAAUCUGUUCUGCGUUUCCCCCCAAGCCUCCCUAGGAGAUUUGGAGAGGGGGAGGGCAAGAAGAGGAGGAAAGUACCAUUGUGCAAGGGGAAACCCUUGCACUAAUGAGACGAGGAAGUUGAGUACUUCCCUUUGCCUUAGCAAUCUGAAACUGUACAGUGGUACCUCGGGUUACAUACACUUCAGGUUACAUCCGAUUCAGGUUACAGACUCCGCUAACCCAGAAAUAGUACCUCAGGUUAAGAACUUUGCUUCAGGAUGAGAACAGAAAUCGUGCUUUAGCAGUGCGGCAGCAGCAGGAGGCCCCAUUAGCUAAAGUGGUGCUUCAGGUUAAGAACAGUUUCAGGUUAAGAACUAACCUCCGGAACGAAUUAAGUACUUAACCCGAGGUACCACUGUAUUUAUUGAGGCACUUUUGUUUUGUUUAAUAAUAAUUGAACAAUUAACAAUAAUUAAUGAUAAUGAUUUUAGAAAAAGAGAGAGGUUUCCAUCUGGAAACCCUGGAUGUCCCAAACCUUGAGAACACAGAGUCUUGUGUAAGAGGCUUGCCGAUCAGAAGGUCAGUGGUUCGAAUCCCUGUGACGGGGUGAGUUCCCAUUGCUCAGUCCCUGCUCCUGCCAACCUAGCAGUUUAAAAGCACAUCCCAGCGGGAUGGUAAACGGCGUUUCCAUGCACUGCUCUGGUUCGCCAGAAGCGGCUUAGUCAUGCUGGCCACAUGACCCGGAAGCUGUACGCCGGCUCCCUCGGCCAAUAAAGCGAGAUGAGCAGCGCAACCCCAGAGUCGUCCACUAAUGGACCUAACAGUCAGGGGUCCCUUUACCUUUUUUAUAGAACUUGUGCUGAAAGAGCACUAGCAGGUCAAAAUAAUCCCAGUCUCGGUAUUUUUAAAAACUAAUUUGCAUUCUUAGUGUAAUUAUUUAGGAAUGUUGUUGGACUCCAACUCCCAUCAGCCCCAACCAGCAUGGCCAAUGGUCAACAUUUAUGGAAUCUGAAGGCCAACAGCAUCUGAAAGGCUGCAGGUUAGCCAUCUCUACUUUAGGCGAUGGUUUUUAAAGACUCAUGUGUUCAUCGAUACAUAUCCAAAGAGCCAGUCUAUUGAGUGCCUAUAUGCUUAGUAGUAUACACUUCCUUUUCUUAAGGGGAGAUUUUGGCUCCAUAAGAGAUUUGUACAACAUGUGAGUUAGGUGCAUUAAAUGCCAUCAGGGAAAUCUUACGCGGUACAGUUCCCUUGUUAUAAACAACCUUGUUAACAAUAGAUUCUACUGGCACACUAGCACUUUGUUCAGUUUCCCAUGGGACAAUACUUUGGAAAAUUGCUUGACCUGCUUUUUUUUAAGUGUAAUAGAAAUAUCUGUAGGCUUGAUACAACUCCACCUGGAGUCUGUUAGAAUAGCACUGUUCGCCCCAUGGAGUAAUUCUGAUGAGCUUUUAUUCAUUUGUAAAUAAUGUUUACUCUGGAGAUCUAGAAAUUGCUUCUGAAAUUGCUUUGAUGUAUAUUGGAUUUUAUCUACUUUUAUAUGGUAUUAUGGAACAUUUAUUUCUAUUUUAUCUAUUGACAUCUCUCUUUUUAAUGUACUGUGGGUUUUUUGCAUUAACUCAUUUCCUGUCACAGUGAAGGUGAAGACAAAUAUAUAAUUGUAAAACUGGAAACAAAUGUGAAAGGACUGCGAACCACAUUUUCUGAGACCACAGUACCAUAAAUCCUUAAAUAUUGGCUGGCCCAUGUAAAGCCAGCUUCCAAGACGUAUUAAAAUGUAAAAGUGUUGCAUAAAGUGUUGCAUAUACUAUGGUUUUGACUUGAUUAAAAAGCUUGAAGAUUGAAGGAAGACAUCUUAAAUCUAGAGACAGGGUGGGUUUCUUGUUUGAAUCCCCACCCCCUGCCUCCAAUUGUGGGGGUACCUCUCUUCAUGUACAAAGCUAACAUGUACAAAGCUGAAUUUGAUCUCACCACCCCACAUUUAUAACAACACUCAUAUCAGCAUUUUGCAUUAGCCGAAGUCUGUGAAUUCUCUUCAAGGGCAGUCCCACAUAGAGCACAUUACAUCAGUUGAUCCUUAAGGGUUUGGAGAAAUAAACGUUCUUUGGAAGCUGGAUGUCCACUGGGGCUUCUGUGGCUUCUGAUUGGCUGCAGGAACUUCCUACAGUCAAUUAGAAGCUGCGCUUUGGAAGUCGAACGUUACGGAAAUCGAAUGGACUUCUGGAACAGAUUCUGUUUGACUUCUGAGGCACCACUCUAAUGUGUGUACAUGUAGUUCCUGGGAAAUAGAAUCAGUUGACAUCAGUAUCAGCCAAGAUGCAAGUAGGAUGAGACAAAGUUGGCUUAGAAGAGCCUUGGAAUAUGAUACUAAAACUGACUCAUAAGAAGAGGAAGAAACUAGCUUGAUGAAAAGUGAAGAGGAGACUGUUGCAGCUAUAGAGAGCAUUGACCACCAGAGAUAUCAGAUUCCAAUAACAAUUCCAAUAACAACAGAAAAGGGAGCAGAAAUUGCAGGUGUUUGCUUAUUCAUCCCAUGUUCAUUCCUACUGCCCACUCCAGUCUCAAUAUCCAGAAAAGUUAACUUCAAAUUCUCACAGAAUUUCAAGCCAACGUGCUCUCAAGAACCAUCUAUUUGAGAGUCAGGCUUUUGUUGCAUCUGAUAAUUUCCUUCCAAUUUGUGCUUUUUGCGUACAUAUUUAACAUUCUUCACCCCGUCAACCCAAAUCCAUGAACCUGUUUAAAAGAGAACUCCCUAAUUUUUAUUUUGUGAAAGUUGUGAUACUGUACAUUGAUAAUACUGAUAGACAUGGCUGGAAGUCCACCUCCAUUAACAUGUUAUAGUCCAAUGCAAUUCAGAUAACUUGUGUUGUUCUUGUGGGUUCCAAACCUCAACUAUGGAUUUAUGCUUCCAUAUUCUUAUUCUGCAGUCUUCUUCAAAUGUAUGUGUGGUGUUUGGGAAGGAGGAACAUAUGUAGCUUAGCAGGAGUGCCCUGUAUGUGUUAUGUUGCUUGUCUCUGCUGUAUAUGAGCAGUUCUAGGGUUUUUGGCACCCAUUUUAUUUGUGUAUUUUUAUUUAUUUUUUAGAUACCAUAUAUUAGUGGUAUUAGAAGACUGUUUGCUUCUAGGCAGUUUAAUUAUGUCACAUCCAGUGAAUUAAAUGCUACUCUGUUCUCUAAGGAGCUUUUCUCUCUGUUCUGUUAUCUUUCUCUAUACAUUUCUAAAGCUUCUUCCUUAUGUCUUUCCUACCUAGCACCAUCCUCUCCUUGUUCAUUUUCUGUCCAAAGCAAAACCCUUCAGAGCAAAUCUUUGUUGAAUUCCUACUACUCAGGUACUUAUGUAGACUUUAUUCUUGAUUGUGUGCUUUUGUGCCUUUCCCUGUAGAUACAUAAAUAUGGCAGUAAAGAACCGAGUCUUUGGGAUGUUGGAAACAGCUAACUUUGUGUUUUUAUUUUAUUUUCCACAUUAUUUUUCUCCUGUUGACCUUCUGUUGGGUUCCAUUGAUCCGUGUUCUGUGCGCAAAUGGAAUUUCAUCUCAAAGUAUCAUCAGACACUGUUCCAUCGACCACACUGUUAGGUAAGAGGACUGUUAUGAUGCACAAUAGCCUGUUGAUGAGAAAACACAUCCAUUCUAUCUGAAAAUGGCUCAAUAGAAUAUUGGCAGACAUAUUCCAAAACUGUUGUUUGUUUGAGGCGGCCCCCAUUUUGGAUGGUAAACUUCUCCUCAUCGUCACCAAAAUGUGUAACUGAUUUUACCAUAUGCUCAGUGUCAAAACUCUGCCACCUUAUCAGUCUCAUUCCUUCAAAGGCUAUGAUGCAGUCUCAAACGAUAAUUAAACACACAUACACACUCUCCAAAACAGCAUUGUGGGGAUGCUGUUUGAAAGUUAAAGGAUUAGAAUUAACCCCAACGAUGAAUCUGAGGGACUUUGAUUUGGAAGAAAUUGUUAGGAACAUUUGUUCUGACUUCUACCAAUACAGAAAGAAAAAGAAAAAAUCACGAAAAUGUGGCUCUCUGCUAAGCCCCCAAAUGAAGAACAUUUAAAUCACAUAAUGGAAUUCAUUUCUUUUUUAUUGAUUCCCCUUUCAAUAAAAAAGAUUGGAUUAUUCCUUUACUCUCAAUUCUUGUCAUUCUGUUUUUCAUUUUUUAAGAUUAGAUAUUUGUAUGCUUAGGGAUAAAAGGCUUAAAAAUAUAUUUGUCUUUUUUGCACACCUAGUAGAGCAAAUAAAAUAGGUCGCGCCUGCAAAGCUGAUGCACAGAUGUUGCAUGUCUGAAGAUAAAACCCAGGACCCCUGAUUUGUAUAAACAAAGCAUUGAUUUUUUUAAAAAAAUUCCUCUAUGGUGUAUCAGAUAGCAGCACAUUGAGUGGUUCCAGAGGCUGAGUAUUGCUGUAGGCAGAAACAUAACACAAGCAAGGUGCAACCAUUAGUGCAUUAAAAAUAAUCCAAGGGAUAGGAAAGUAAUGGAGGAAGGAAGGACCACAAGGGUAGGAGCCUCACAGACCCAGAGAUUUGUCUGCAUGCUGGAACCAUAGGAUACUUGAGCAACUCUUCUGGAAUAUAAAGGACUUGGAUAUAUACUUUAAUUCACAGGAGUUAUCCUCAUACUAGAGGAAUUGAAGGUGGAUGCAAUUUUCACUGACCCCUCCUUUCCCUCAGUGGACCUCCCUGUGGCCACUGAAAACAUGAUCUGGAGAUUUGUUUCUAUGGGCUAUAGAAAGAAGGGGAGAUCAGUAAAAGUCACCGUCCCACAUGCCCCAGAGGCGAACCUCCAUUGAAUCAAUCACCAGUUAUGAUGGCUGUGCUCUGCCUCCACAUUUGGAAGCGAUUGCUCUUGUGCUCAGGUACUGUUUGAGGGUUUCACACAGAUAUCUGGUUGGCCACUGUGAGAACAGGAUGCUGGCCUGAUCCAGUAGGUUCUUCUUUUGUUUCUAUAAUCCUGAUUCUCUCCCUCAAAUGGAAGGAGACUUGGAGGAGCAAGUCUGGAUCCAACCCACAAUGAUUUUUCCCAGCCACACAUGGUAAACCACAUUUUCUUGUGAAAUCAUAAACCACAUUUUCUUGUGAAAUCAGCCACAACUGGAAGCUGGGCCAACCUGAUCUGAGCCAAAAAUUGAACAAACAAAACAUCACAACAUUCCUUUUUUUUUUUUAAGGACUUCUCCCAUUUUUUAUUUUUUAUUUUGUUUGAUGAUUUCAGACUGAAAGUUGGGAGAAUAUCCUGUGCAGAAUAGAUCUACUAAAUUCUGUUUCCUCCUUGAAAAAGAACAGUGGUUUGGAACACCUCUUGAGGAAAGUUGUACUUAUCACGUGUAUGAAAAUAGUUGAGUUCUGCUCCUAGCCCUCUGUAGGGUGUGGUGUUUGGGGGCCCCCAGAUUCCAAUGUGUAGUUUCAAAGUGGGUUUUGAGUGGUCAGAGGUUUAUUGGUAUCCACAAGACAAAAUAAAUAUUGUAUGAGGCAGGCAAUAGAUAUUUUGAGCAAAAAUUAUUUCCUAUCCCUAUUGAUGGCUUACCUGAUGGCUCACCUCCAUCUGUAGCAACCUCUUAGCACAGCUCUUUGGACGGUGAAAAUGGGAAGUCUUCCAUCAUUAUGCCAAAGCUGCAGGAACAAACAUCUGUUUAAGGUCCAGGAGCCGACUAACAAUCACAAGUUCCCUCUCAGCUCCGCUUCCCAGUCCAACCACUGAAGGCCACUACUGCUUGCUGUCAUUUGGUUCCCACGAGUGACACUUUCUGUGGCCUCGGCAGGGCACCACUGUUGUUUGUGAGCCACAUGCUACUCAUUCACUCAUAAAUAUGUACCUGCCUCCCCCAGGUCCCAGGCCCGUCUCCAUUUAUGUAGGACCCAGGACUUAAGUUUCUUUGCUUAAAGUUGACAUUAUUUAUAAAAUUCCAUGAUCACAAAGCUGAAAUCUCUAAGCCAGCAAAUGUUAUUCGUUUAGAAAACAUUGUGCAUUAUAGACAGCACACCAUGGUAUUGUAUAUUAAUUCCACCAUAGAUGUCUGUGAUGUUGCUUUACCACACUCCAUAGUCAUGUUCCUGUUUCUUGACAAUCUGUCCAUAAUUUUGUAUGUGGCAUAGUUAUUUACCGUAAUAUAUUGUAAAUAAUUUGGGGAAUUAUUGGUAUAACUGGAGGUGGACUGAACUGUGUAAUUCUGUCCCAUUUCAGUUUCACUAACACUUUGUCAUAGGCCCAUUCAGGUCCCAUUUUGUGCAGAAUAUUUUGAAAAAAACACAUGAAAAAAUUGCAUUUAAAUUAUACUCAUCUUGUACAAAUUGUAUUUGAAAUUUUCAUGUGAUAUAAGCUCAUUUCACUUUUUUUUAAAAAAAUAAAUAAUAACUGCUUUGUGUUUGACAAACAGUCAAAGCAAGAAUGGUUUUGGUUCCAUUCUAGAGAGAAUAUGCAAAGCAAUUGAUAAAGAUGGGUGAGCUCUUUCUUGUUUACAUUUGAUUCAACCUAAAUGAUUAAAGUGCUUUCCUUCCUAAAAAAAAGCUCAACAAUAUUGACCUGAAUCUAUUCUGUGAGUAGAUUGCAGUCUCUUGAGAGUUGUCCACCCCUGAAAUAGAUCUAAGAUAAUUUCCUGAGCCAAAGGAAGUCUUGGAAAAUGACCUCCUUCCACACCAACCUUUGGGGUUCCCAAAACACAAUCACUGUCUAGCUCCUAUUUCCCAUAACAUAUUUUCCCCCUGUCUUAUUACUUACCCAGCCAGUGGUGAUAAGAGUGGUGACGGCAUGAGAGAAAGAAGCCAAUCCACCUCUGUCCCAUGUCAGCCUGUCACUAGCAAUUGUGGAGUAGCAGCAAUUGCAUGUGAGGAGUGAGAGGAUCGAGUACCCCUUCCUGCUUUCUUACUAUUGCACUGAUGGCUCAUUGGAUUUGUUGUCUUCCCAAGGGCUAUGACAGUGGUGAUGGAAGACAGAAUCCAAGGUCCACAACACAUUUCCUUGAGGCCCACUUCCUUGCAGUGUGGCACAGUGAAAUAGAGAAAGCAUGGAAGGGACAAACCGCUGGCCUUUCCUCAUUCUGCCUCCUAGCAGUUUGAAGUGCAAGUAAAUAAAUGGGUACCACUGCAGCGGGAAGGUAAAAGGCAUUUCCAUGCAUUCUGGCACUCGUCACAGUCCUCCAUGUGCCCGUAGCGGUUUAGUCAUGUUGGCCACAUGACCUGGGAAACUGUCUGCGGACAAACGCCGGCUCCCUUGGUCUGAAAAGUGAGAUGAGUGCCACACCCCAUAGCCGCCUUUGACUGGACUUAACCAUCCAGGGGUCCUUUACCUUUUUACCUUUACCUUGGCUCAUCCUCCCUCAAUGCUGCUGGCCUGAUAAUUAAAUAGAAGGUAGAAUGGUGCUUUUCAGAGUGGGGAAUUGGCAGAUGAGGUUGGCAGAGCAGUCAGAACUUCUCUGGCUUGAUUUUAACACAAGAUGCGGGGGGGGGGGGGAGAGAAGGUGCCUUGUAAAGCUCUUCUCUCCUUAGGAUGUGAACAUUUAUGUGUUCCCGAAGUUUCUUCUGUGACACCACCUUCAGAGAACUUCACUUGAAGCUCUACUCAUAAAUUCACAAUGCACGUGAACAAAUACAUAGGUGAACAAAUAAUGAACAAACAGGUGAAAAACAGCUGCAUUUUGUAGUCUUCUAGCAAGUGCUGCUAUAUGCAUCUAAACAGCUGAAAAGGCAAAGUUGAUGAUGGUGUGUUAUAACUGAGUUUCAGCAUCAUUAACUUGAUCUGAAGAUUAGAUUAUUUUAUAGUGGGGUUUUUUAUUUUAAAAAGUGGAAGUUUAAAAACUGACAACUCAAUACAUGAUACAUUAGCUGCCAUGCUGCAGUCUAUUCCAGAGUUUAUGCUGGGACAGGAUCCUAACUUCAUCUGCAAUGAAAAAAAUCCACUGAUAUGUCAAGGCAAAGUGAUUGAUGAACUAUUUUAACAAUAUUCCACUAUACAAUUUUGACUCAUUUUGAGGAAUUUAGUAGAUAAUGAUGGGUAUGAUACAAGGGAAGUCCUGCAAAGGGGGGGAGUAGGGCAAAAUUGGUAUUUAUUUAUUUAUAAUAAAAGGGUGGUCUAUUUAUAGUUUUCAGAUAUUCAUGCAAUGCCAGAAAUGAGAGAGAUGGACCAGUUGAUUACCAUAGCCAAUACGGAUAUGACAAAAAGCAGGGAGUUAAUUACAUAGGCUAUACUAUUAUUGGGGGGGAUCUCACUAUAAGAAGAGUUCAUCAAUGGAACAAGUUUCUGAAGUAAACUAUGGACUCUCUUCCAUUCAAACGUUCAAGACAAGAUUUGACAUUGAAUAGACAAUCUGUUUUUGUUUUUUUUUAGGAAUAGACAUAUUCAUGCGGAAAAGACAUAUUUUAAAUGGUGAAAUAUAAAUAAUAUUUUGGUAUGAACUGCUUUCAUUUUAAAAUAGCCAUCCAAAAUAAUGUCUUAAGACAUUACUUAGACAUCUUGAAAUUCUCCACCCCAUUUGUGAGUAGGGAAACUGAAGGUACCAUUUAACUGAAAUUCUCUGGGUGUGGGUGUGUGGAGAUAACUUAUCCUACAGUUUCUCGUAGUUGGGACUUACCAUUUGAAGUGGCAAUAGUACAGCUUCUUUUAUUUUAUGUUGCCAUUGUCAGUGGCAGCAGCAGCAUCUGUGUUGACAGACUGGCCUCCAUUUUGCAUCACCCCCAAUGCAAAUGACAUUCUGGGGCAGUGUGAGGAGAAAAUGGCAGCUGCCACAUGCACACACAUGAAGGUUGAGACUAAUCAGAUAAUAUUCUGCAAAGCUGCCUUCUUUUUCUAGGGGGGUGGGGUUUCGGAAUUUUCUGAGAAAUGUCAGUCCAGCUAAAUAAUUCUUACUUUGCUCCUAGGAGUAGGAUCCAAUGAUUUUCUACUUAGGUUGAUAGCUCCAGAUUUUACCAUUGGCACCAGAUCCCCACAGGGUAUAAAUGUACCCAUGCCUGUGUUCACACUAUUAAAAUGAUUGCCAGCAUGGUGCUUGUGGGAACCAGUGUGCCUACCAGUGCCUCCUAUGGUACUUCCAAAGUUCCCCUCUUUUCUUAACAUAGAAAGUGAUCAUGUUUUGUGAAUUAAAAAUGGUUUGCUUACAAAUGCUUCAAAGGUCAGAUUCAUGUGCUUUUCCAUAAAGCAGCAAUAAAAGACAGGCAGUAUUACUAAGGUUGCAACAUGUUAAGAGUUUCUAAAUUACUUGUAUAGAAAUACAAAGAUUGUUUGCUUAAGCCUGGAGCAUCCAUCUUAGACCUCCUUACUGGUAGGGUUCACAGAAUAGAAGCAUGGAAAGUGGGAGUUUGGUAGCCCUUCCUCCCAAGGUGAGGGGGUGUGUGACCUGGCUAAGCUUGGCAGGACAGCUUACUCUAUGGUCUUAACCCCUUCAUGCAUUAAUUAGAGUUAAGCAUGUUAGUUAUAUGAUGCUGGAAUGGCAUGUAAUUUCUUUCUCUGACCAGCAGCCUCAGUUUCAGAAGCUAAUGGUUGAUCCACUGGGUUUUUGUAUGAACCCUGAAGUGUCUGGCACACAUUUUCUUAAAGCACAUGCUUAGUUGUGUAUGAUAGUUUUUCACUUUGGGCCAUGUUUAUGUUUUAUUAGCAUAUCACCUUGAAAUGAGUCAUUUGUCACAUCAUAACCUAGACGCGCAUGAAAACAAAUAAAACCUGUAAGCCAAUUUUGCAAGUGUUUCCAUUACCACUGGGGUAAUGCAGAGAGUGAUAUUAGCCAUUCUGGAGCCAUCCUUAGGAGAUGUCAAAUAAAUGACAACCCUUUACUCCAGGAAAGUGAGAUUGGAUGUGUGUGUAAUUAAAUCCAUUGCAGACACCAGCCCAAAAAUAAUUUAUUUUGUGCAAAGGAUGUCUUAUCAUGUUACACACUUGCCAAGGCUAACCGAAUAAAAAUAUAAAUGGAUAUGAUAGCCUUAUCAUGUCAAAAUCAGAGAGUCUAUGGAUAUUAAAGGAAGAGUUUUGAAACAAAACUUUGUUUUUUGUAUUCAGGGCACACUCCAUUGUGGUAGUGCUUGAGAUGUUUCCAGCAGAGCUUGGCCUUAUCGUUGACAGGCUUCCUCUUCCCCCACUCUCCCAUCCUAUUCUCAUUUUACCAGAUUAGUAGUACGGAUAGAAGAAAGAAAUAUCUGGAUUAUUUUAUUCCCUGCUAACUGUGCAGGUUUUCCCCUCCAUUUUAUUGUGAUCUGUGAAGCAAUAUUAAAAACUGUUUGAAACAGUAAAUGAUUAGCUAUGAUGAGAAGAUCAAGAUAUAUGUUAGUGUGUUUUACAUUAGGAAUAGCUAAUCCCCCCUUUGAGAAUCCUGAUCUGGCCCACCAAGCAAAUUUUCAUGGCCCGCUAAGACUCCUCUGAUUUUGGCAGCAGUAGUGGAAAGGAGAGAGAAUAAAUAAUAAUUAUUAUUAUUAUUAUUAUUAUUAUUAUUAUUAUUAUUAUUAUUUUCCUUCCUUCCUUGCAGAGGAACCAGGGCAUCAAACACACAAACAUCUAGAACAAUUCCAAUACAGAUGCAGACUGGGAAAGAGCUCUAGAGAAAAGACUUUCUUCUUCAGUAGGUACCAAAAAGACAACAGGGAGAGCACCUUUCCAAUAUUUAGCAGGAGGAUCCGAUUUCCAUAUAGUGCAAAAUGGGCCUCCUGAUAAGAUGGUAUUUGCAGGAGGCCUUCACCUACUGAGUGCACUAAUCAGUUGGGUAUAUAAGACAACACUAGGAUGGGAUGUAAAUUGCCCCCUCGCUGCUCAUCCAAUUGAUAAUUUGAUGAGCAGAAAGGGGGUGAUAUCUGAUUUGUUGGAUCAGCUGUGGAGGUGUGGCUGCCUGCCUGUGUAUUUAUGCUGGUCACACCCAUUUUUUGCCUUUCCCAUAACUGAUAUGGGCCCCUUUGGGGGUUGGCCAAGGUUGAAAAAAGGACAUCAGGCCAAAAAAAGGUUAGCUACUCCUGUUUUGCAUUAUUGCUCAUAUUACAGCACCUUGUUGUUUGCCUCUGUCUGUCCUGGGAGACAAUGGGAGUGUUUGCCUUUGGGAGUAAGGUCAAACCAUUGGAAAGUUACUAGUGUCUGCUGUGACUGUAGAGACCGAUAUGGGCGAGACAUGUUUUAUUGCAGGUGAGGCAGAUGAAGGUGUCCUCUUUCACUUUUAACAGGUGCACCAUGGUGUUUCUUCUCUCUUCGUUCCUCCUCUUCCUCUGCUCCCUGCUGCAGAUACACUGUCUGUCGGCACACUUUCUGUAUUGAAUACAUAUAGUUAAGAAGUAGACAGCAUGUUGCUUUUAUAGAUCAACCCUAUGGUGUGCUGUUCAACUAAAAAAGCUGAUUGGAUUUGGUGUAAUCGCUGAUACACAAGUACAGUACUGCAUUGUAUAAGAAGAACAAUGUUCUUGCAUUGAUGUAACUCAGUGAGGUUCUUGUGCACCAUAAAAGGUGCUGAAGGAAUCGUAUGGGAGAGGAUGGGGUGGGGAUGGCUGAGCAGGGCCAGCCCAAGGCAUGUUGACACCUGAAGCAAACCAUAAAAUGGUGCCUCUCAUCCCUGCCAGGGAAGAAGGGGUGAGUGAAGAUCUACAUCAGAAACAGAGUGGGGGGAAUAAGGAUCUACAUUGGGAUCAGCUGCCGCUGUGGAAUCUGCUUCCUUCCACAUACAUGUGCAUCUCAAGGGAAUGUACAAACUGCAGUAAAAACAGCCUCAAAAAGAACAGUUUAAAACAAUAUCCAAAAUAACAGCAGAUUGAUUUUAUUUUAUUUUAUUUUUUUAAAAAACCAAAUAGAUGCCCAAGACAGAUCCAUCUGGGAAGGCUUUUUGGGACCAAAAUGUCUGCAGUGGUUUUUCAAAAAGAUGAGGGGCAGCCACAAGAAAAGUUCUACACCGAGUUACUGCGGCUUCUGAGAUCUAAAGGGAUAGACCGUAAAUUUUUAUCUGCAAAGGCUGUUCUUCUUAAUGAUUAUCUUAAAUUAGAAAUAAUAAUUUCUUCUUCAGUUAGAUAUUGAAUUGUUCAUACAGGUAUUGUAAUCAGCACUUCUAAAAUGUCCAGCUAGAAUGUAUCAUUAGUCUUGGUGGCAUUCAGUCUUAGACCAUGAUUAGACAUAUUGUGAGCAUCAUUUUUCUCGCACAUGCAGAAUAUUUUAAUAGCAGUCUCAUUUUGCAGUUUGUCUAUGGGGAAAUAUCUUUUUCUGCUCGCUCUUUUACAGAGAGAGAGAAUCAAGAUCUGGCUGCGAUAUCAGAUGUUGUCCAUUUUGUGUUGGCACAAAAAAUAUGGUUUAUGGAUACUUCAAGGAAUCUGGGGCAAAGAAUACAGACUCUUUUAUCUCUUUCCCCCGUUGCUUUGGGAUGAGUUUAGAACCUCUUUUUCCACUUCACUAGCAAACUUGGCUUGGUGUCAGCUAUGUCUUAUGAAUUAAUGGAAUAGUAUAUAGUUGAUUACUUCACAAAAACAACAAUCACAUCCAGUAUGACAUUCUCAAGUGGUAGAGCAGUGAACAAGAGUGUCUGAAAGUUACAAUAUAGGGUUUAGAAAGAAUCAGGGAUUUGUUUGGAGGACCCGUAAGUAAGUUUGAGCUAAGAUGGAUCUUAGGCUGGUGAUGGCCAGCCCCUUCCUUAUGGUAUAAUGAGAUGGAGGGUUGGAUCAAAACUUAGCCAUCCACAAAUGGGCGCCUUUGAUCUAUGGAAGGCAUUUGAUCCAGAUGAUGGAUCCUGCAGGUGGAAAGGAGGAGGUUAUUUUUUGCAAAUUUCUUGCUACUCUAAAGCCUCCCCUUUUCAAAAUUAUUCCCCAAUACUCCAGUCCAGAACAGAUUUUUUUUGUAGGGCUGAAGUGGCUGCAGGCAGAUUUGACAAAAGUCACCUUCCUGUUUUUUACCAGCUGGAAUAUCCCCUGAGUGGAAUUCCAUUCAAGAAAUGGACUUGAAAGAGACACCAAAGUCUAGUUCCAAGCUUCUAUCUCCUGUUGGGUAGGAUUCACCUAACAAACCUCAUCAGUGGAAGACCCUUUCCUCUCUCUGCACGCUCUCCACCCCCACUGACAUUGACUAUGGGGUGGAGUGAGGGAUCAGGAAGACCCCUCCAGAACAGUGCAUGGGGAAAGGAGAAGAGGGGUUGUUCCAUCUGGGAAGCUGAUAUGCUUGUGACAAAUGAACAUGCCACAUAAAGCAAUAUUGAAUUCCGCCCCUUCUUUCUGCACCAUAAACCCCCACUGCCAUAUACUUCAGCUGUUAUAUUUCCAACUAUAGAACUGGAAAAGGAGGCUAUCAAAAACAACAAAAAAUAAAGCCCAGAAUAGAAUUCAUUCUGAAUAUGGAAAAUAAUGAUUACACCUGAAUAUGCUGAGCUGAGUAGCUUUGAGUUUAACUUUAUGACAAAUCCAAAGGCCUGAGUGUGCUUUUAUAGGCCAGCUCACUACUUUUUGUUUUGUUUCUUUGGUUGUGACUCCUUCUUGGAAUGGAAACUUUUAAUGUUUUUAAACUGAGGCUGAUAGAAGAUUAGGGUCCUUGGAGAAUUCAGUUGUGCAACUGGGUUUGGAUUCAACCUAAUGGUAGCAAAUUAAGCAGAUUAUGCAGCCUAUUGCAAGUAGUUCACCAUUUUUAAAGAAAAUGGCCCCAUUCUCUAUUGCAAAGGGUUAAUGGGGAACAGUAAAGAUGCAUUGGGAAAGUAAAUCCAGCCCGGAGAACUAAUAAGCCUUGAAAAUACCCUCUGUUCAGAGUCCUCACAUUAUCAUUAGUAACGGCAUUAGGCGGGUUAUUGUAUAAAUAAAUGCUUAGCUUUGCUGUAUGGCUUCCCCCUAACACAAAAAAUGGCUUUCUGCAAGCUUGCGAAUAUUUGUGUUUCAUGUCUAAUUAAUAUGCUUACACUGAUGAAAUUUUGAACUUUGCGUUAAUACUCAGUGCUGUAUUCUAUAGAUGCAGAUUUCUUCGUCAGGAGUUGCUGGGACUUUGGCAACAAAAAAAUAAAAUAAAAACCAAUCUAUUCUCCUUUAUCAAUAUCGGGAGGAGAACCUGUAGGGAAAGUGUUAAACAAUCCUUUUCUCUGCCGUGCUGCUUCAGUGAAUUUAGAGUCUGCUUCCUACCUCCCUGGCAGCUGCAGUAAACUGAAAUCAAAAAAUCAUGAAGAAACAUAGGUGUCUCCUCCACAUCAUGUUUAGUGUGACCCAAAAGCCCUGCCCCCAUCAUUAUGUUGUACUUCAUCUUCCUUAAUUUCCCAAUGACCCCAGAAAAACACCCUUCUUUCCCCAUUGCAGGACUUAAUAGAAAUACAAAGAAAUACAAAAUACUACUGUACACUCACACGUACAAACAUCCCAGUCACAAAAUUUGGGAUUUGCAAUAAAGAAUUCUAGUUAACUUCUCCAUCAUUUCCUAUCCCCUGCCCAGUCCCCAUUCAAAAUGCAAGAUAUCAAACUUUGUUCCAUGGUCUGUGAAGCUGUAUAAGGAAUUAUGGCAGGCACAUCACCUAAGUUGAUUCUGCUUUUGGAGGAAAAGUGCAGAAUACGUUCCAGUACAUGCAAAGUUUGAGAACUAGUACAGCAUAAAGCAUCCCUGAACCACCCCUUAAAGGAGUGUUUAAUUUAGGGUGGGGAAAUUCUGAUCCUCUGGAGGUUGCUGGACUACGAAGACUAUGAUCCUUGUCCAUUGGCCAAACUGGCAAAGGCUGAAGGGAACUGGAGUUCAGCUGGAGGGCCACAUGUUUCCAUCUCUGAUCUAAUGCUAAAUCAGUACAGAUGAGCAACAAAGAGAAUUUGCACACAUACACCCCCUGCCUUCUAGCUCUCCUGCUAGGGUUCCCAUCUCUUAUCCUGAAGCAGAACCUGUUGCUUUCACAUGUCCAAGGCAUGGAACCAUUGCAUCACAGAGCAUUUCAGGUUUCCCUGCUGUGAUACUGCACCUGUCUGUUCUUCACUCUCUCCUUCCUGUCUACCUACUGAAAAGUGGCAUUGGAGUCUUGCUUGGCAAGGGAUAAAGGUAGGAGAACUGACCAGAGGCAGGAUAUGCCCUUUCUGUAUAGUCUUUCUGCCCUCAAGCUGCAAAAGCAACAAGCAGGACAAGAGAUGGGGACCUUAUCGAAUGUGAUUAGGUAGCAUGAAAGAAAUUCCAGUUUCUGAUGUAAUGUGCAUCAAAUAACCAUAUUUCCUCCUCCUGUUGUUGUCACCGUUGGGUAAUUUGCUGCUUCUGUGUUUUCUUCAUUCCCUGUCACACAAAAUCCAGCAUGUGUGUGCAUUAGCUUUGGGGGGUGGGAUGGCUCUGGGCAGGUACAGUUUUCCUACUGUGCUUCAUUUCAGCCAUGGGAGGGAGGGGAAUUAACCUUGGGGCGGAAGACAACAAAUAAAUAACAGCUGGGUGAAAGUUUGUUUUGCCUCCCUAUUUUUUAAAACAGACAGUAGCCAUGGGGAGAUGACUCAGCCGACACUGACAAUCCAGACCCAUCCCUAUCGAAGCUGCGACCCAGUGGAAAUGUCCUACCCCAGGGGACAGUUCCAGCCAGCAAUCCGAGUGGCCGACUUGUUGCAGCACAUCACUCAGAUGAAACGGGGACAGGGCUAUGGCUUUAAAGAGGAGUAUGAGGUGAGAGCAACAUUCACUCACUUGAAUGCCGAGCUAAAGAAUGAAAAUUAAGGCUAUUGUCAAAUCGGAACAAGUGUUCUUGAGAAGUGUCUCGAUAGCUUAAGUGGCUUAUUUUAUAUGCUAACCAGAAUGCCUUCCCCCUAUUUGCUCCUGCCUCCUUGUCUUGAGUCCUAUUUCUGUUAUAUGUAGUGGCCGUCAUCCUAGAUGUUUCUGCCCCAGUCCACUGAUGUGGGGAAAGGGCUUGGCUUUUCCAUAACGGCUUCCUGGUAACCCCACUUAUGGAAAAAGACAUGGCAAAGCUUUCUCUUUUCAUUGACACUCUCACACAGCAGAGCAUACUGGGUUAGGGAUCAUGGCGCUAGCCACCUUAUCUCUUGUAUAAACUCCACCAAACCAUAAUAUGGUGUAGUAUAGGUGCAAACCAAAGACUCACUGUUUUGAAUUUAUUGUUAGUUGAACUGCUCAGAGUUUGUUCACACAGCAGCCUCUGGACCAGCAUCCAUAUGAUGAGAAGCCUCCAGGUGGCUGUAGUAUCUAGUCCUACUGACAGCUCUCUCUGGCAGAGAUGAGCACGCAGCUCCCUUCAUCAUCACUUUCUGCCACAGGACCAGGUGCUGCUGGAGGGUAAGCAGAUGGAUGACAGACCUGACAGUGUUGGUAAGAGGCUUUCCACAGGUGACAACCAGCUGUCAGAAGAACUGCUAGCUGGUACAGCCACCCAGAGGCUUCUGGCUCUAUGAAGGUUUGUUCAGAGACUGUUUUGCGAACUAAAGAUUCCUGAAAAUCUAGUCAUUUCUGUCCCACUGCCCCCAGGAGUGUGUCAGAGACUGGGCUGGGAAAUGGAGCAGUAUUUCCAGAUUUGGGGUGCCACACCAACCAUAUCACAUUUGAAGAAACACAGAGCUACAUUGCACUGGGGUAAUAUUUUUUGGGUGCCAGAGAGAUGAAAAUAAUAUUCCAAAAUGGAUGGAGGAGACCACAUUGGCUGCCCUGCCUUAUUCCCCAGCUACUUUCACGUAUGAAGUGAUGAAAUACAAGUUUGCAAUUUAGGGAGGGGAUUUGCUGAUGGCAUGGUGAGCAACUGGAGUAUCUCUGCUGAUGGCCUUCCAUUUAAACAAGACACUCCUGGCUAUCUCAGGACUGGCAUCAGGACCUGGCACCUGUCCCCUGGCAGCCCCAUCAGGCUCUGCUGGUGCUGACACCAGCCCUAGACUUGCAUGCUUACCUGGUGGUGAGAGAUGAUCAAUUUAAUUCCCCAUUACUUUCCUAAUGGAGCAUUUGAGGACAUAGUGAGAAAUUAAAAUUGCAGCCCCUGAGCAUUCUGGGAAAUUAAAGUGGCUGCCCAUUACCGCUGCUGCCAGAGGGCUUUCUCAGACUUGAAGCUGCCCCUGGCUAUCUAUAUAUAUAUGUCUCUCUACCCUUCAUCAAUGGAUGAGUUUUCAGACUGUUGCCAAACAAGAUACUGAGAGGCAGGAAGGCUGCUUCUGCCUGGGUCGGUGUGUGCUGCUAGAGCCUUGUUGCUGCAAUUAAACCGUUAUUGUCUUUGGCAGAAGUAUUGAAUCCCCAUAAUCAACAUCUGAUAGAUGUGGUAUAGCAGCUGUGAUCAAAUGCCGGCCUGGGAGAUGGCUGGAAAUAUUUUCUCUUGGCUGCCUUUGUUCCUUAGUUGCGUAUCGCCCAAGGCUUUGCAGAAUUUCACCAUGAUCAAAUGCAAUGUGGGAUGUUUGAAUUUAGUUCUAAGUUUGGGCAAAUCCAACCUUCAAGCCCCAUGGAAAAACCACUGAAUAGUUUAUAGAAAUGGCAUUAGAGGCAGUGAAGUUGCCUGGGACUGUAUUGGAAUAGUAAUGGUGGAAAGGAGAGAAAUAAGUAAGAACAAACUUUCCUGUGACUCGGCUCCCCAGGCAUUGGAGAGAAAACUGUAGCUGAAUAGGUGUUGAGGUGUCUUGGGGUUAGCUUAAAUAUGAGAUAACCACACAUAUUUUUGGCUAUCUACCUUGACACACUGUGGUCAUCUAUCAUAUAACAUGUACAACCUUUACUGCCAGGUUGGGGGACCACAGGCCUAGGAACCAAAUGCAGCCCAAUAACUCUCUCUAUGUGGUUCUUGAGAUACUCCCCACAUCAGACUCCCUUUUCCCAGACCUGGCACCAGCCCUACUUCACACCUUCCUUGAGUGUUUUUGCCUAACUAGACUGUGUCCUUAGACUCUGAGAAAGCCUCUUGCUUUCUGGGAUAAAGAUGGGUAUGAGUAUAUGUAGAAACUAGCCUAUUGUAGAAAGCUAAAAUUUACACUCCUUACUCUAUGCACUUUUGUUCCUGGCCCUCACUAUUAGCAUGCGGCCCCCAGAAAGUUCCACAGAAGGGAAUGCAGCUCUCAGACUGGAAGAGGUUCCCCAAACCUUGUUUACAACAUGGGGGUGGGGUUUAGUCUCUCCUAUCAAUCUCCGUAUAGCACAUUGUGGUGAAACAGCUCUCCACAGCGAUAUUCGGUGGCCAUUUCUAGUUUCCAACAAGCUGGGGACCAAGAUUUACAAACAAAAUAAAAUAGAUGCUCAUUCCAUCCCAUGCCAGUCUUACUGUCAGUGCACACUUUCAGGUAAAUCAGAUGAACAAAGAGUGCUCAGCUCGAUGAAGGAUGCAAAGGGGAAUUUUCUCUUGCAACUCCUGGUUCCUUUGUGUGACAAGUGAAUUGCAUGUGUGGUUCUUGAAUUAUGAAAGGACAAAUGUUUGAAAAAUUGUCUCAAUGCUGAAGGGGCAGGUAAAUCAGUGGCUACUGCAAUAAUACCAUACAGUAUCAUUUAUCUGAAGGGCUGGUAUGUCAUUGAAAUCUAUAUCCUAUUUCAAAGCUUGUGGACAUGAUUUUAAGGUACUUCCAGGGGUCAAACUGAUGUGGUUCAGACCUUAAAUUAAACUGUACUAUCUUUAGAUGUCUAGAAGAAUUACUGUUAACCUCCAUUUGUUCUUCAGGGAAAACAACUGUCACAAGUCAGUGAGCAAGUGCAUGUUCAGAGUCUGUACAAUUGAAUUAAAACUGGGCAGUUCCAUUUUGUGGGAUGGGGUAGAGGGAGUGAAAAUAUUGCAGCCUGGUGGAAGCAGCUGAUGGGGAAGAGGGGAACUGAGUUCUGGUGAGUUCCUGUUGAAAAAAACCCCUGUUUAAAUCCAUGCAUCUUGUCAAUCUGUCACAAAGCAUUUACCUCUAUCCUGUUUCGUGGGAGCACAAAUAGAUCAAGCCCUAAAAGAAUUAUGUGCUUUGUGUUUCACAUUGGGGAUGAAGCUGGAUUCUGGGUCUGAAGAAGUCUGUAGUGAUGAAGGAGAUAGUGAGCAAUCAUAUGCUCAUCUGUUUCGUCCAGAGGAAUGUGUACAUGUUUUUGGGUGGAAUAUAAACUACUAAUAUAAGGACUGCUUCUGUGCUGUCAUGUUUUUCAGCUUCAGUUCAGUGGGUAAUGGAGAGUGAACUUUCUCCCAUAAGGUGACUGCACAUUUUGGGAUAUACUUCCAUAAUGUGCCCAGUCAUAUAACUUAAUUAUUUCCCUCACUGAAGGUGCUGACUCUAAUUUUGCACACCUGAUGUUUUAUUUGUCCUGUAGAAUAUGUCCCUGUAUGGCUGACUAUGUGGCUCAUAAUUUCAAAUUACCAUACUUUAGCCAAGCUUGCAUUGCAGCUUCUCUUUGAACAACAAACAAGAGCUGAAACAUGGUUUUCAUAAUUUUACAAUUACUGAACUAGUCUACCUAAUUUGGUAUAAUAUGGGGGUGGGGAAUGUGACUAGAAGGUUGCUUCCGUAAUUUAAUAUUUAUUGCAAAGUUCUGCACUUUCAAAGUGCUACAUAAAUAAUCAGUAGGAAUUUUUUAUUUUUAUUUUAGUUUAGAUGGCAUGAUGCCAUCCCAGAUUCAUGAAAGACAGAAGAUUAAUGACCUUAUCUUUGAUGUCCAGGAGCUGUAUUUCAAAAUGUGAUGUAUUCUAGCUUGGUUUCUGUCUCACAUACAAAUAUACUUGGCCUUUUAAGAUAUAUUUUUUGUCCUUUACCCUGUAAACAAGUUUCAUAAAUUACGGUCUAUUUAGUGACAUGGUACCAAAUAAUUUUUCUAUUAUGAAAACGCUCUGUGAGUUGCCUUCAUCAAUCACUAACUCCAUUAGACUCCCCCCCUCUUCAUUUCUUGUCUCAACUAUACAUAGUCUUUCCCUUUCUCCCCCUCGUUCUUUCUCUUGAACAGUCUUUCAUGCAAGCACACACACACAAUUGAUUUUAAACCAUAUCCCUUCCCCCAAAUUUGAGAAGUAGUUUGGUAGAUAUCCUGGGAGUCUUGCUCAAGGCUAAACUGAAGAAGACCCACUUUUGUGCUUUCUACAUUUUAUUUGUAUUUGUUUAAGGAUAUUUACAUACCGCUUUUAAGGUAAACCUCACAAAGCAGCUUAUAUAAGAUUGUUGUAACGAUAAACAUCAAUGUCUUUUUAAAAAUAGCUGCAAUGAAAGAAACCUGGCUUGUUUUCUAGAAGAAGCUGGUAGUGCUUCUUCUCCCAUCCCAUUCCUUCAGGGCAAUGCGUCCGCUCGAGCUUUCUUCUCCGCUCCUCUCAGGCGGCUAUUUCUGGAGAUUUUAAUUUAUUUGUUCAAGACAGUGCCAGAUUGGAAAAGCAUGGCCUCCAUGGGGCUGUCCCUGAAUAAGUCUGGCCCAACCCAUAGCCGCGGACAUGCCUUGGACCUGGUGUUUACCUCUAUGGAUGUUGGUGAUCUGACACUAAGUAAAAGCGAAACGAAAGAAGUGCCAUGGUCAGAUCACUUCCUGGUGCAACUGGACUUCUCUGCGACCCAUCCCCUCUGCAGGGAGGUGGGACCAAUUCGGAUGGUCCGCCCCCACCACUUAAUGGAUCCAAAUGGUUUCCAGAGAGCGGUAGGGGAUGCUUUAUCCCAUGUUGAUGGCCUUUCAGCUGAUUCCCUGGUGGCCCGCUGGAAUGUGGAGUUAACCAGGGCUAUUGACUGUUUGGCUCCGAAGUGCCCUCUCCGAUUGCAUGGAGCCCGGACAGCCCCGUGGUUUUCCAUGGAUCUGAGGGCAAUGGAACAAUCGUUGAGACGGCUAGAGCACCUGUGGCGGAUAACUCAUUCCGAAUCUGACCGGACACAGGUUAGAGCUCAACGUCGAGCCUACCAAGUGGCGAUAGCGACGGCGAAGAAGAAUUUCUUCACCGCCUCUAUUGCAUCUGCAGAAAACAGCAGCAGGAGACUUUUUCAGGUGGUUCACAAUUUAGCGGAACCACCUGCAACAUUGGGGCCCAGUACGGGCCACAUGUUCUCCUGCAAUGAUUUAGCAAAGUUUUUUGCAGAUAAAAUCGCUCAGAUUCGGGAAGAAGUAGACUCCACCAUGGGAGCAGGGCCGGGGUGGGAGAGUGCUAGAGUCCUGUCUAGUCAAAUUGCAUGGGAUCAAUUCCAAUCUGUUACCUCUGAGGAUGUGGACAGGCUGCUUGGACGAGUGAAGCCAACCACCUGUCUCCUGGAUCCUUGCCCAUCCUGGCUUAUAAAAGCUAGCCGGGAAGGACUGGGCGAUGGGCUUCGUGGGGUGGUGAAUGCUUCCCUCCGUGAGGGAGCCUUCCCAGACCCGCUGAAAGAGGCGGUUAUUAAAGCGCUUCUUAAAAAACCAUCUUUUGAUGCAGCCACGAUGGCCAACUAUCGCCCAGUCUCAAAUCUUCCAUUCUUGGGCAAGGUGAUUGAGUGAGUGGUUGCUGAACAACUCCAGGCACGCCUGGAAGAAGCGGACCAUUUGGACCCCUUCCAGUCGGGAUUCAGGCCUCAUCAUGGGACUGAAACUGCCUUGGUCGCACUGGUUGAUGAUCUCCGGCGGGCUAGGGACAAAGGUGAGAGCUGGAUCUCUCAGCGGUGUUUGAUACCAUCGACCAUAACAUCCUUCUGGACCGUCUUGAGGGGCUGGGAGCUGGGGGCACUGUCAUACAGUGGUUCCGCUCCUUCCUCCUGGGCUGUGUUCAGAAAGUGGGGGGGGGUGAGUGUUCAGACCCCUGGGCUCUCACUUGUGGGGUGCCUCAGGGUUCUGUCCUCUCCCCCAUGCUUUUCAACAUUUACAUGCAGCCGCUGGGAGAGAUCAUCAGGAGGUUUGGGCUGGGUGUUCAUCAGUAUGCAGAUGAUACCCAGCUCUACCUCUCUUUUAAAUCAGAACCAGUGAAGGCGGUGAAGGUCCUGUGUGAGUGUCUGGAGGCGGUUGCAGGAUGGAUGGCGGCUAACAGAUUGAGGUUAAAUCCUGACAAGACAGAAGUACUGUUUUUGGGGGACAGGAGGCGGGCAGGUGUGGAGGAUUCCCUGGUCCUGAAUGGGGUAAUUGUGCCCCUGAAGGACCAGGUGCGCAGCCUGGGAGUCAUUUUGGACUCACAGCUGUCCAUGGAGGCACAGGUCAAAUCUGUGUCCAGGGCAGCUGUUUACCAGCUCCAUCUGGUAAGUAGGCUGAGAUCUGCCUGUGGACUGUCUCGCCAGAGUGGUGCAUGCUCUGGUUAUCUCCCGCUUGGACUACUGCAAUGCGCUCUACGUGGGGCUACCUUUGAAGGUGACUCGGAAACUACAACUAAUCCAGAAUGCGGCAGCUAGACUGGUGACUGUGGCGGCCGCCGAGACCAUAUAACACCGGUCUUGAAAGACCUACAUUGGCUCCCAGUACGUUUCCGAGCACAAUUCAAAGUGUUGGUGCUGACCUUUAAAGCCCUAAACGGCCUCGGUCCAGUAUACCUGAAGGAGUGUCUCCACCCCCACCGUUAUUAUUAUUAUUUACAUAUAAGCUAAAAAAGAUCUCUCUUGGGGGCCCCCCAAAGCCGAUCCAGCAAAAGAUGCCAACUUAUAGGACACCAUAGCUGCAAUCCUCAGCACAAUUCCAAUAAUAUUUCUGAAUCUGGUUCUAUGCAUGCAGCAGAAUACUGGGGUAAAGUCAAGACCUGGAAGAAGGGUCAGUGCCAAUUAAAACUGGAGCUAGAACCACUUUUGAAUGUUCUCCCAUGUUAAAAAAAGCCACACCCCAAAAUAAACACUUCCUUGCCAGAAGAAUACUAGCAUAGAAGGGGGAAAGGUUCAAGCCAGUCAUCUAGCUGCUCUCUUUGUUUUCUACCUACAGGGAGAGAUUUGGGGCGGGGAAUGGGACCAGUGAUAAUGAGAUUGGUGCCUGAAGGUCCCAUAGAAUGCCUACAUUUUUCUGAUGAAUUUAGAAUGCUAGUGAGAUCAUUGGUGGUACCACUAUUGCUCUUAAAACUGGUUAAUUGUUGCUACAAUUCUAUUGUUAAGUUGACAACAGUUACGAAAGAAGUGCAGAUUAGCCAUACUUAGUCAGUGCUGGCAGUGAUGUCUAAAAAAUUCCUGAUUUUAUCUGUUUCGGAUACAUUAUUUAUUCCACUGCACUUUGCUAUUUUUCUCAUUGUAACAGGUUAUUGUUCCAUCUAUAUCAGUAGUCUGAAUUUUCCAAGACAAGUUUACCAGUUAUGUCAUUGUGUUAAGUGCUUUAAAAUGACAGCGAUGCAGUGUGAAGAAUAUUUGAAGAAAAGAAUAUAGAUAUAGACCGAGAAGUUUAAUCCAUCAUUACUAUAGUUGUUGAAAUCUCAAAUGGCAUUUGAUUUUAUCCUGAGCUGUUUAUAUACAAAUCAGUGGUUCUCAAUCUUCUUUUCCCAUGGGCCACUUCCAAAUUACUGCAGGUCUUCAUGAACCACUUAAUGGUUGUUGUUUUUCUGCCUGUUGUAGCAGUUGUGCUAACUCCAGGAGGAUUUUUAAUUGUAUUUUUGCAGGCAUAUGACAGACCACCUUGUGGACCACUGAUAGUCCAUUGACUGCAGUUUAAGAACCCCUGGUGUAAAUCAUACUGCAGCAGAAAGUUUUAUACAUAUGUAUAUCAGAGAUUUGAUUAUAUUUUUAGUGAACAGAAGGGGCAUAUGUUUUCUAUACACACACUGGAUCUUUGUAUUUUAAAGCAAAAACCUGCUGUUUUGAUAAGACGCCUAUUGAUCAAAGCAAUUAAUAGCUGAUAAUAGCUGAAUUGGGCAUUUCUUUGGAAAAGUCACUUUUACCAUCCUAUGUAUAAUGCUUAGAAGGAUUUUGUUCCUUCCUCAUCUUUUUUCACAUCAAUAGCGCAUGAUGAGAUCCCAAAUGACUGCUACUAUUCUCUGAGCAAUCAUUUGUAACUAGACUCUAAUGUACAAAUAACGCGUCAUUUCUUCUCUAUCUUUGAUGAUAGAAAUGGGAUCCCUAAUUUAUGUUUUUUGUGCUGCCCCCCUCCGCUCUAAAAAUUCGCCACUAUUAAGUGGCACUUUCUUGGUACAAGGAAAUAGGUGUGUGAUCAAAGAUCUUCCCGUUUGCUGAUACAUUAUUUCAUACAUGUGGAGAUUUGAGCCAGAACUGCUUUUAUUAUCCUUCUCUGACACAAACAGGAUCCAUAGCGUAUCCUGACAUUAUUUCCAGAGGGAACCAUUUGUGAACUGUGGUUUGGCAUGAUUAUAAUAUCAUUUUUAGCACAUUUCACCACCAUCAGCCAGCCCAAAUGCAAUGGCUAGCACUACAAGAUACAAACAAGUGCAAUUUCUGUUUGGUUUUUAAAGCAAAUUAUCUGUUAUUGAGCAGCAGGAAAUGUGCUUUCCUACAAAUGGGUAUGUUAUAAAGAUAAUUAUUAUUUGGGCGUAAUUCUUGAACACAGAAUAAGGUUUCAGAAACCAUAAAAAGCUUCAUCUUUAAAGCAUGCCAAACAAAACUGGGUUUAUGAGUGGUGUGUGGGAGCUCCCCUUUACUAACUUCAUCGCAGGAAAAGGCCAAAAUAUGGUAUCAGUUCUGUGAAACAGGAGAAGAUCCUUCAGUGUUACUCAAGAGUAUCAUGGGCAUUUCAUCUUGAUUAGACUUAUUAUCAGCCUACCAUUCUCAACAUGAAGGGGAGUUCAUAUGGUUGCAUUUUAAUGAAAGCAACCUAAUUUUCUUCUCCUGACCACAUGGGUCAAAACAUAAUUAUCAUUUGGAUUUUGCACUUCACCAGAUUUUCAGUACAGUUCUUGGCUCAAAAAAAAAAAAAAAAAAAAAGCCAAAAUGCAUCAAAAUGUGUACAAUAUUUAAAAAAUUCAUAAUGGAUUUCUUUUUGUACAGAGUGGUUUUUAAAAAAAUAGAUAAAUAAAUCACUGAUUGAGGCGGAAGUCAGAAAAGGAAGAAUGCUAAGAAUGUAUCUUGUGCUCUUGUGAUAUAGACUUGGUGGGUUGAUUUCAUGUAUUUCUUCAGCUGAAAUUAAAUGGAAGAAAAGUCGUAACUCUCUAAAUUAAAGGAGCCUUGAUCUGAAUUUAAUCAGCACUUUGAAUUGUGCUCACAUUAGCAGGCAUCACUAUAUACAGCUACAAUGCAGUAUAUGGAUAUAUUACAUGCGACAUUCAAAUAGCUCGUGAGUUUGAGAAACCUUUAUGCCUUGUUUUAUAUUACAAAAACAUUGCCUCUGUCCUCUGUCAAUUUAAAUAUUUUACAAGGCAACUUGUAUUUCUCAGAGGCAAAAGAGAAGCAAUCUAUGUCCCUGUGUUAGAGAUGGUGCAUUGAAAAAGAACCCAAUGAUUACAAAGCCAGAAGCAAAAUGUUUCCCACUUGUUUUUAGUGCCAUUUGCAUUGGGAAAGCAAUUGUAAGCCAGUUUAAGCCAUAGGAUGCUAAUGGUCUCUUCAUCAUUUUCUUAUUAAAUGUGCCCUUUCCUUGAGAAAAACAGUUGGCUUGGCUGGCUGUUAAAUUGCAUGCUGCCUUUUCCCCUACCCCUAUUUCGUUAUGUUAAAACACCUGAAGGCAUUGGCCAUUUCAUAUAAACACUCUGCUGUUGUUUAUUUUGCAGGCUCUACCUGAGGGGCAGACAGCAUCUUGGGAUACAGCCAAAGAAGAUGAAAACCGCAAUAAGAAUAGAUAUGGCAACAUCAUCUCCUGUAGGUGCAAAUUCAAACUGAACUGAACUUCCUGUGUGUAUCUGUAAACAUCUAGCUGAGAGAGGGGGUAUGUCUGUCAGCGUAACUGUGAAAAGGAAUAAGAGCACAGAAUUCUGAGCACUCUUAACCUUUCCUGUUUGAUAAUUUCAUGCUCAAGUUUUUUUGUUGCCAUUCUCACCCCCUUCCUCUCCACUUUUUCUCCCUUUAUCUUUCUAAUAUUAUGGGAUUCUUAUUUUUCUCAAUGAACUGCAAUCCCAAAGCCCUGUCCUUUCUUUCCCUUCCCAAAUAUAAUAGGUUAUGUAUGAAAAUGGGGGGGGGGGAUGGUCUCAGGGCUGAAGGUUCUUCUUCUCUCCAUGUAGAACAUUUGAAGAGGGUUCUGCACAUAUCCCCCUUCAUGUGAUCAUCAACUCUGUUUUUGAUUUUGUUUUUUUGCUGGGUAAACAGACCUGCUGACUGCAUUAAAUAGCCCUCUGCAUGUGCACAGGGCUGUCUUUACAUAUUCUAAAGAUUUGGGAAUAUGUCCAUCACCACAGGCUAUUAUUUCUCCUAUGCGCUUUUGCAAAAGCCGUACAAUAUCUGAAAACAGCAGGGAUAGGGGGAAAUGUGCUUCUAGACGUUGUUGGACUUCAGCUUCCACCAUGCCUAGCCGGCGUAGUCAAUGAUAAUGGAUGAUGGGAAUUUUGGUCUCAACACCCGGACAGUCACAGGUUCACAGACCUAGAAGAGUCUUUCAUAACAUGGGUUGUAACCAGCUUAGACACUGAACGAGCAGAACAACUUCCACUUGUGCAACUGAACUUUCUGUUCUUCUUCUCUGCCCCACAUGCUCUCCACACACACACCCCAUCUGCAAAUCUGGAGAGAGGGGAGAAGAGGAAAAGCAAAAUUUUGUGCAAUGACUUCAUUAAAUACAACCCGAAGAAGAGUUGAAACUCAGUUGUGGCCUUGAUUACAGAGAAUUGUGGCUUUAGACUAAUGGUCAGAAGUUUGUGGGACACAGAACAAUACUUGUUUUUUCCUUCAGUGCUCCUAUUUUCCUUCAAUGCUCCUAUUUUCAAGCCUUUUCCUGACCUUUAAUUGGCACAGAUUCUUUCUUUGAACCAAAACCUGAAGCAUUCGUCUUCAUGGCUUUACAUGACAGGGAGCGCCAAGGGGCUAAAUGUACACAUACUUUCUCAUUUUAUCUCCUUUCACCAUUUGUUGGCAUUAUCUAUACAUAUUGGAAGCUAUUGCUUGUGACAAACACUUCUAGCUCCAGUGCUCUUCACUCCUAAAAGUGCCUGGGCCUUAAGGGACAGGUUUAUCACCUCGCUUACAGAUAAAUGGCGAGCACAAAAUCUCUAGGUACUAAUCACAUCGGCUACUUCGUCUUCCUUGCUGUGGAUUCUGACUGAGGAAGCACGGGGCAUCUGCAAAUACCAGGUGGAAUAUAAUGAUCCUCAAGCAAUAAACUUAGGUGAAUUCACCAGGGAGGAAUCAAAUCCAAGAAGAAUUGAAAAGUUAAGAACUCGAAAGCAGCGAAAAGGAAACUUAGGCCAAGAGGAAAACUAUUAGGUUCCCUCCUGUACUGGGCUGCUGUGCCUUUCUUUUGUUGUUUAGUCGUUUAGUUGUGUCCGACUAAUGGAAAUAAUAAUAAUAAUAAUAAUAAUAAUAAUAAUAAUAAUAAUAAUUUUUAUUUAUACCCCGCCCUCCCCAGCCAAGGCUGGGCUCAGGGUGGCUAACUAGCAAUAAUAAAAACAGGAAAGGAGACUUCUACCUGGUGCAGCUUGCACCACACUUGCAAAAUAUAUUUAUUCCUACAGACUAUUUGUUUUUCAUGCUGAAUUUGGUGACUCUAGUACUCAAGCCUUGUGUGUGGCAUUGCCACACCCUCCAACACUUCUCUGAUUAAAAUAGGGACAUCCCAUUCCAUAAUGAUAACUUUAAUAUUUAUACUCCACACAUCUUUCUGGGUUGCCCCAGCCGCUCUGGGCGGCUUCCAACAUAUUUAAAAAUUAUAAUAAAAAAAUAACCAUUUAAAAACUUCCAUAUACAGGAUUGCCUUCAGAUGGCAUGGGGGUCAGAUAACUCCAUACCCUCCAACAUUUCUCCAGUGAAAAUAGGGACAUCCUAAGGAAAAGUAGGACAUUCCAGGAUCACAUCAGAAACUGGGACGGCUUCUCUAAAUCAAGGAUGUCCCUGGAAAAUAGUAACACUUGGGGAGUCUGCAUUACUAGCAGGCUCAAUCCUUAAAUGGGACUGGUCCUAUUCACAUUGAGUUCCACAUACUCACUGGAGCACAACACUGCUUUCAGUUGCAGGAUUUAUCUGGCUUUCACAAAAGACACUCCCUCGCUCCCUUAAUUAUAAAACAUUUCUAUAUAGCAUUUACGUUUUUUAGCACUGCUGCAAUGAUUGAUGAUCCUGAGUUUGUGAUCUCGAGAAUUUGUUGUGCAUGUGCAAUGAGGCUUCCUAUCAGCAGCACCACAACAACACAUAGCUUCACAAGCAGCACCUGAAACUUCUCUAAAACACAGAAAAUGCCCUCAUAGCAAAUUUCAAUAAAGCUAAUAAUAAUAAUAAUAAUUUUAUUAUUUAUACCCCGCCCAUCUGGCUGGGUUUCCAGUGAACAAUCGGAAUUAUAAAAGGAACAACAAUGAUAACAACAAUACUAUCGCAGCUAUUUGCAAGUUAGGAUUAGUGGUACAGGGCUGAAGAGCGAAGUGGAAGAUACACGUAUCUAGCAGUUGGUGUGAUGAUUGAACAGUCUUUUCGCAUGCGUCAUUUUUCAGUAUCUCAACCUCUUUUCUGUUCCCGCUGUUCCACUGAAAGUCAUCAGUUAUUAAUAAUACAUAAACGCCUUGCAGCCUUAUGAAAUAUAUGUAUCUUCCCAACACCUUCCAAACAGAUAGAAAUAUAAAAUUUAAAAGAUAAGUUAUGCUGUUAGUCUUAACCAAGCAUAGCCCACUAAAAAUAUGAAUAAAAUAAAAGGCCUCAUUACCUUCUGAAAGUUGAGCUGUGGUCGUUUAUAUUUCUUAGCCUUGCUUUCGAAGCAAAGGGUUCUCCCAUGCCAUUCACACUUUUGAGCAAAAGAACUCCCCACGGGAGAUAAAACAUUGUGAAUGUUGCAAUGUUCAGUCACUUGGCAACAAAAUUAACCACCCAGAACUGUUGAAAACCAAACAGGACACAAACAUUUGAAAAUCUCCUUCAUUGUCAGAAUUAUUUUCUAAGUUCAGGAUAGCAUCUUAAAUAAUCUCGCAAAUGUUUUCCCCAACAUUACAGAUUUCCACUUGUCUCACCAUAAAGCUACAGCUCUCCAUCCAUAUAUAUAUAUGCCUACUAACAAUCUAUUUAUCCAUCCUGGCAUUCUGAUGCUUUCUUUCUCCCUUUCUAUUCUCUCUUGUAUCCCAUCUUCUGCAUAGUAGCACAGGAGCCAAAGUCUAUUUUUUAAAUUAAAAAAACCACUCUGCACACCACAUCAUUGUAGAUGCAUGAACAAAUGAGUUCUAAUAAUCAGCCUAUGGAAAAAACCUGAAUCCUAAUAAUUUUCAUCUAUCUUCAUUGUGCUAUGAAUUAUCUUCCCAGCUCUAUAUCUACCUCAUUUAACAACAAGUGUUUUAGCUUGCACCAAGCAGGCUGUUUAUAAAAAAAAUAAAAAUAUGGAAUAUCCCUAGCCUGCCUAGAGAUAAUUCUUAUGCAAAAAAGUUUGCUUUUUGUGUCUAAUUCAACUGCUUUUCUGCAACGAUUCAGCUGUACAAUCCAGUCAAGAUGUUACAAAAGGUGCUAGUUUUUCAGAACUUUUUGAAGGAAAUAUUAAGACCAAGAAGUGUGUUAAUUAGAUCAGAAAUCAUACUAUGGGUGUCUGAAAAAUGUGAAUUUUAUGAGUUCAAAUAAAUAACAGACAAGCUUCUGAAUAACUCAGGCAGGCAUUGAGUUGAAGCAAUGUGCAUUUAGCAGUUGAAGAAACAUCAGUUAGUGUUGAAAAUCCUUUCAGCCUGAAUCUUCUAUGUUCUUUCUUCUUUCUGCUGUUCCUAUUUUCUUUGAUACAUAUGUUCCUGCCUUCAAGUAACAAAACAACAUAUUUUCUUUGAUUAUUUUCAGAUGAUCACUCCAGAGUGAGACUGCAAUUGCUGGAAGGAGAUCCCCAUUCAGACUACAUAAAUGCCAACUAUAUAGAUGUAAGUGCUAUGGAAACUUUUAAGGAUCUUAAUGGUGGGUGGGUGGAGUAAGUGAGAUGAUAAUGUUUGUUCUUGGAUCAAUGCCUUGAAGUAAAAUACAAUUUGGAGCCUCCAAGACUUUUUUUUACAAGCUGUAACUUUUCAGUCCCACCUGAAAUAAUCCUUUGAAAUGCUUGCAACAUUCCAAAAUGCACAGUGAUUUUAUCAAAGCCCCAGCCCCGUGCAAAUGUAGUGACUUCCUGAUCUCCUGACCAGGAUAUUUAGAUCAGAAACAAGCUCCCUUCUGUUGCGUCUCUUGUAUCUAUUUGUUCUCUAUAACUAGCAUAUGCAAAGUGUGAAUUGACAUAGUAGUCAUUUUUGUCUAAUGGAAAGCAGGAGACAGUGGGAGAUUGUGAUUUACAGUGCAAUGGUCCCGCCUCACAUUAUUUGUUUUAGGAAAGAGGAAGCAGCCGGACCAGGUUAGAUUAUUUGUUCAUCUAGGCUGGUAUUGUUUAGUCUGAAAGGCAGCAACUCUAGGGUCUCAAACAGGUUUUUUGUUUGGGGGGUUUUAAGAUUACCUGUCAGUUUAUCAUUUUUAAAUGGAACAAGGCCAUAGCUUAGUGGUGGAGCACAUGCUUUCCAUGUAGAAAUCCCAGGUUCAGUCCUUGCUAUUACUAUAAAAAAAAUCAGGUAACAAGUGAUGGGAAAGAGCUCUUCUUGAACCCAUAGAACAAGUGUGGAGAACCUUUGGCCCUCCAGGUGUUGCUGAACAACUCCCAUAUUCAUCACCUUCAUCAUCAUCUAUUAAAUUUGUAUACCACCUGUCAGGGGUUCAGGGACAGAGGCACAGGGUAGGCAGGAGAUGGAGAGCGAUGGGGAUGAAUCCCAGGACAGCGAGGAAGAGGAAGACAAUUACUCAAGAGAUUCCAUGAGUCUUUCCAGCGAAUCAGAGGAUUCCCAGAAGGGGGCGCCGGUGGUCAAGCCCAGGGGAGCCCCAGGGGGGACGUGUCAGGAGCAGGGGGCCAGCUGGGCAUCCCAAAGCGGCAGCUGGGUGUCAGGACCAGCCUCCCCGCCAGAGUGCAGCUUCAUUUGAAGAUCACAGGAUGGUUCACAACAUAAAAAUACAAAAUGAGAACACAAAAUGCAUGAUAAAAAAACAAACAAAACAAAACCAAUAGCUCACCUCCUACAAAGACAUUUUAAAAGGCCGUAGCAUGUUUAAUUAGCCCAAGGCAUGGUUAUAAAGAAAUAUUUUUUGCCUGGCACAUAAGGGUGUGCAAUGAAGUCACCAGGUGAGCCUCCCUGGGAAGAGCAUUCCACAAAUGGGGAGCCACUGCAGAAAAGGCCCCUUCUUGUGUGGCUGCCUUCCGGGCUCUCAUGGAGUGGGCACAUAAAGAAAGGCCUCAGAAGAUGAUUGUAGGGUCCAGGUCAGUGCACAUGGAGAGUGGCAGUCCAUGAGGUAUGGCAGCCCUGAGCCAUUUAAGGCUUGAAUAGGGCCCAGAAACUAAUUGGCAGCCAGUGCAGUAGGGCUAGGAUUGGUGUUAUAUGCUCAAACCACCUUGCCCCAGUGAGCAACCUGGCCCCUGAAUUCUGCACCAGCUGAAGUUUCCAAACCGUCUCCAGCGGCAGCCGCAUGUAUAAUGUGUUGCAGUAAUCUAACCUAGUGGUUACCAGAGCAUAUAUGACAUAAAUUAGGCUAUCCCUGUCCAUAUAGGGGUGCAGCUGGGUCACCAGCUGAAGCUGAUGAAACCAGAAAUACCUCUUAUCUAUGUACCUGCUCCUUCAGAGGUGUGUAACCCCAUCAAGAGCAGGCAGCCCCCCAUCCAAUCCCAUCCAAUCCCCUUUAACAGUGCCUCUGCCUUAUUGGGAUUGAGCUUUAGUUUGUUGGCUCUUGUCUAGUCCACUAACAAGGCAAGACACUGGUGCAGCACUUCCACUGCCUCACCUGCAGAUGUAAAGGAGAAAUAGAGCUGUGUGUCAUCCGCAUACUGCUGAGCACAUGCCCUCAGACCCCUGGCCAUUGGUCAUGCUUGCUGGGAAUGAUGGGAGUUGUAGAUCAGCAACAACUGAAGGGCCACAGGUUCUCCAUAGCUGCUCUAUAAAACAACUUCCUGUGUUCGUAUGAUUAAACCUGGAACUUGUUGUGUUCUAGGCAUAUGCCCAAUUGUCGAGCAAUGGUCCCUUCCAAACACUACAGAGACAAGAGCAACUAUGUCUAAUACAAUGUCUAGUUUGGCUUUGAACUCAAUGGGACUUUUCUACCAAGAAACAAAACAAUCCAACUCAUCAGGUUGUGUGUUUGGGUUGUUCAACUGAGUGGGAGGGGUGGCUAACACCCAAGAGGACAGGAUCACACUUCAAAACGACCUUGACAGAUUAGAGAACUGGGCCAAAACAAACAAGAUGAAUUUUAACAGGGAGAAAUGUAAAGUAUUGCACUUGGGCAAAAAAUGAGAGGCACAAAUACAAGAUGGGGGACACCUGGCUUGAGAGCAGUACAUGUGAAAGGAUCUAGGAGUCUUGGUUGACCACAAACUUGACAUGAGCCAACAGUGUGACGCGGCAACUAAAAAAGCCAAUGCAAUUCUGGGCUGCAUCAAUAGGAGUAUAGCAUCUAGAUCAAGGGAAGUAAUAGUGCCACUGGUCAGACCUCACCUGGAGUACUGUGUCCAGUUCUGGGCACCACAGUUCAAGAAGGACACUGACAAACUGGAACGUGUCCAGAGGAGGGCAACCAAAAUGGUCAAAGGCCUGGAAACGAUGCCUUAUGAGGAACGGCUAAGGGAGCUGGGCAUGUUUAGCCUGGAGAAGAGGAGGUUAAGGGGUGAUAUGAUAGCCAUGUUCAAAUAUAUAAAAAGAUGUCACAUAGAGGAGGGAGAAAGGUUGUUUUCUGCUGCUCCAGAGAAGCGGACACGGAGCAAUGGAUCCAAACUACAAGAAAGAAGAUUCCACCUAAACAUUAGGAAGAACUUCCUGACAGUAAGAGCUGUUUGACAGUGGAAUUUGCUGCCAAGGAGUGUGGUGGAGUCUCCUUCUUUGGAGGUCUUUAAGCAGAGGCUUGACAACCAUAUGUCAGGAGUGCUCUGAUGGUGUUUCCUGCUUGGCAGGGGGUUGGACUCGAUGGCCCUUGUGGUCUCUUCCAACUCUAUGAUUCUAUGAUUCUAUGAUUCUAUGGAAGUGUCCCUCUGCUCACGUCUGUCGCUUUCACAGCCAUCAGAUGUCCUGGGCUUGACACAGACCUGAUCACUGCACCGUCCUGGCACUGAGAUUAGGCUCAGUUAUUUGCUCCCCUCUAACUGCCACUGAAGUUGCAGAGAAUUGCAGAGCUAUGGGAUGCUGGGGGGUGGGGUGCGGAGUGGGGAGUGGGGAGUUUGGCUUGUGCCCUAAGUAUGCAGCUUAGUAUUUUGAAGCACAGGGCGGGCAUGUAACCACUUGUAUGCAUCCUGAUAAUGUAUAGCAAUGGAAAGAAGGAUGCAGACAUCGUUUUGAACACUUUCCAUCUCAUUAAUAGAGAGCUGUGGAUUCAUGACUAAAUGGAAAAUGUAUUAAGCAAAGUAUUUAAUAGCAGUCCUGUUUCUAAUGUAAGUCUCUUUAAUCCUUAAUGAUAUCACAAUAUUUUAAAGAGAUCCUUCAAUUAAGGGAAAGGAAAAACAUAUUUAAUAUAGAGCAACCCACACAGUUUUAAAAAUCACUGAUGCCUGAGUCAGUUUUGACAAGAAACAGAUGUGUUGUUUUCAGAUGAGGGGACACAGAUUUCUCCAUGUUCAAUCUAUUAAUGACUAAGUAAGUAAGUCUUCCUAAAGUGAAAGCAGUUUUAAUAGAAAAUAUGAAAAUGGAAGAUCUGGCUUUCAUGUUUGCAAGGUCACAUAGGGUGAUGUUCCCUACUGGUCCUACUCAGAGUAGACCCUUUGAAGUUAAUGGGCAUAAGUAACUUAGGAUCAUUAAUGUCAGGAGGUCUACUCUGAGCAGGACUUGAUUGAAUAAAACCAUUCUCCCCUCCCUUUCUUGCUUUUGAAAUAUAAAUUUUCACGACAGUAUUCACGAAUUUUCACGACAGUAAGAAACAUUGAAGCAGUUCCUGUGAUGAGUUUACUGAAUCAUCAAUGAUACCGUGUGCUUUGGCAGCCUCAUUUGAAGGCCAACAGAUAGACGGUGAAGUGGGAAGCGCGUCAGCAGUAGAGAUGCUGGUGAAUCGUGCUCCAUCCCAGCUCAACUUUGACCUUUGGGAGCCUGUAUGUCUCACCUUAAAGGGCCAUAGAUUGAUCUUCACCUGAGAUUUAGAAGCUAAAGAAUCAUUCCCACCCUUUUCCCACCCUGCUUUUCCCACUCUCCCACCACACUCCUCCCCUCAAUCCCCACCCAUCACUUACAAUUAAACCACAUUUACUGAGCAAUUACAAGCAGCAUUGGACCUCUGACCAUAGAUAGACAGUUCUCCUAUCUCUGGCACCUGUGCUCUAUGUAGAAAUGAACCACAAUGCAGUGUUCUUGUAUUUCUUGGGAAAUGUCGUUUACACAGUAUAGUAGCAUACACAAUGCUCCAGGUAGCUAAGGAGGGAGGGUUCCCCCUUCCCUCUCCCCACCGCAGAGCACUACUUCUCUUUCAGAUGAACAUUGAUGUGCAUGGUACCAAGCAAGCUUCUAACCUUAUAGAUGCAUAUCUGAAGUGCCCCUGAGAUGGUAGCCUACAGAAUUCCCUUCUUUUGUUUUCUUUGCAGGGUUACCAUCGGCCUCACCAUUACAUUGCAACUCAAGGCAAGUAUAGCGAAACCACUCAGUUGUCCAAAUAAACAUUUAAAAAUAAAUACAUAAUAAUUGACCUAAAGAUUUCUAGAAGUGAUCUGUUGAGAUUAAUCAGUAAUAAAGGCACAUUCACAAUUCUAGGUUUCUGCAUUGAUUAAUGUAUUUUUUAAUGAAAUAAAAUAAAAUCUGAAUGGAUGGCUAGUGGAUGAAUGGUGUUCAUAUUUGUGCAAAUGUCUGUGGUAGAAAGACAGAAUAAAUAGAUGAUGAGUGGUGUCUCAGAGAGAAAACUGGUGUCCCUGCCUACUUUGACUUUGACUUUGCCCAUUCUUCGGCUUUGACCCUGACAUGACCAGCUCCGAUCGCACUGGUCAUCAAUGUCUGUGGCCCUUCACUUUUGUUUAAUUGAAAAAAUGAAUUCUUGGUGUACACAAGCAGAUCUCCCUCUUUUGCUAGGUCAAUCUACAAUAGCAGUGAGCACUGUUUUCUCCUGCCAGUGGUAAUGAUCUGUCUGCUCCCAAUGUAGAUAUUUAUUUCCCCCUUGUUUUGGAGGUAGAUCUUCACUCACCCCUUCUUCCAUGGUGGGUGGUUCACCUCAGGUGUCAACAUUUCUUGGGCUGGCCCUGGAUUACUCUCAAAUGAGUAUAACAGGUGUGGGGAACGUGUGGCUCUUCAGAUGUUGCUGCACCCCAACUCACAUCAAACCCAGCAGCAUGGUCAAUGGUCAAGGAUGAUGGAAUUUAUAAUCCAGCAACAUCUGAAGGAGCCCAUGUUCUCCUUCCCUGUUAUACAGAUUAUAUAUUCAUAUAACAGAUCAAUGCAGCUACUGUUCUGGAAAGCAAUUCCUUUCUGACUUUAGUACGUUAUUGUCAGAAGUGCGGACCACUGGGGGAGGCAAUAAUAAUAAUAAUAAUAAUAAUAAUAAUAAUAAUAAUAAUAAAUUUUAUUUAUAUCCUGCCCUCCCCAGCUGAAGCCGGGCUCAGGGCGGCUAACAACACUAAAAUAGUGCAGCAUUAUAAAAACCUUAUAAAAAUUAAUUAAAAUCAAAAUUGAUGGCAACCAUAAACUAAAGUUCUGUAAAGAUUGCCAAAGGAGGGAGUCAGGCUGCGCCCUGACCAAAAUCCUGGUGGAACAGCUCUGUCUUGCAGGCCCUGUGGAAAAAUGUCAAGUCCUGCAGGGCCCUUGUCUCUUGUGACAGAGCGUUCCACCAGGUUGGAGCCGCAGCCGAAAAAGCCCUGGCUUUAAUUGAGGCCAGCCUAACAUCUCUGUGGCCUGGGACCUUCAAGAUGUUUUUAUUUGAAGACCGUAAGUUCCUCUGUGGGGCAUACCAGGAGAGGCGGUCCCGUAGGUACGAGGGUCCUAGGCCGUAUAGGGCUUUAAUGGUUAAAACCAGCACCUUACACCUGAUCCUGUACUCCACCGGGAGCCAGUGCAGCUGGUAUAGACAUAAGGAGGAAAUAAACAAUCUGACGGGAUGAAGAAAUGGACAACUUUAGGAGGCAUCAAAGGCCACACUGAGAUGGGGGCCAUAGGUUGCCCAUCUGUGAUCUACAAGAAAUGAAAUGAUACAAAAUCUCAGAGCUUGAAGGAUAAUUUGUCUUCUGCUACAGAAGCACACACUGUAUCAUAACUGGAAGAUGGCAGAAAAAGCCUGUUUGGUUUAUGUCACUCCAGAAAGCAGAGACUAAAGAGAUUGGUAUCCCUGCAGCCUACACAUGAGAAAAGUUUUAAAGCUCCAAGAGGCAGGCUGAUAAAGCUGAGUAGAGACUAUAGAUUUUUGAAGACUCUUUAAUGUGGUGUGAUAGAUCUUUCGCUGCCCACUGCUAUAUACAUUCAAUAAACAACAAGAGCUGUUUCUGAUCAGAGGCCACAACAGGGAAAAGAAAAUGAAUAUGUAUACUCACGGGCACCAGGAUUUCUUACUACCUUCAAGUCUCCAAAAAUCUAUCUUUUAUACAUUUGCUGAAAAGGAACAAUCUACAAAAAUAUACCUGAAUUUCUCGGGCUGUUAUUGGAGUGGGUGAUUCAUUUUUAUUACAAACUGAACUUUUAGUGAGCCCAUUCAAGGGGACCCACAAUGAUGCUUUUGAUUAAGGAAAAUAAUCCAACUUUUUGCCUUUGAUUUGAACAAUCAAAGGAAGCCCUUUUCAAGCCACAAUAUUCUUAGCACUACGUUUCAGUACUGUUAACGAUACUUUCAAAAAUAAAGUAAUGCAGGACAAAGUCAUAAAUAUGAAAAGAAGCAUCUAGCAACAUAUCCAAGGGGAGGCAGCUUUCUGUUAAAUGCCACACAUUUUAAUAAUUAAACAACAAUUAAGUUGUGACCCAGAAGUGUUAGGUUGAUUCCAAUGAAGUCUUUGUACAAGUGGAAUGACUUCUGUUCAUGCAAUAGAAGACCUCACCUCACCCAAUUUCACCUCACACAUGCUCAAUAUGUUCUGGAGAGCCCCCAACCUUUUGGAGCAGAUUUGAGGGAGACAAGGUGGAAAGAAAUGAAAGGAAAGUGAUGAGCACUGACUUUGUUGGAUUGAACCCACUAUCACCAAAAAUCUCAUCAAGUAACUUGGGAUUCUAGCCCUCAUGUUUAUCUAGUAAUUACCCUUCCCAGGCCCAGCACUGUAGAUUUUAUUUUGAGUUGUGUCUUCACUUCCUUCCUCAUUUGUCUCCUCCAUGGCUCCAAAUUGAGCUACCAGUGUAUCAUUUUACAUUCUGAUCACUUCAUUGAUUUAAAAGUUUUGUCACUCAAGAAAACACACAGGCAGUCCAGUCCACGCUUUAGGAGGUUUGGCCUUUCAGCUGCGGUGGAGAAAGAAAUGGAUUGUGCUGCAAUCAGCACAUGGAUGUGCAUUCUCUCUCACACACUUCUUUUCGCCCUCAGGACCAAUGCAAGAGACGGUCAAGGAUUUUUGGAGAAUGAUCUGGCAGGAGAACUCUGCAAGCGUAGUCAUGGUCACGAACCUGGUGGAAGUUGGCAGGGUAGGAUGACGAUUGUUCAAAGCAAAUGUGGGGACAGAUCUUUGUCUCCUCACACUUUGACAGAUGGACAGGGCAACCAACAUAUCAAAGCAUUGACCUGCAAGGUGGGGGGGAAGGGUCUCCUUCACUGGAGGUUUUUAAACAGAAGUUGGAUGGCCAUCUGUCAGGGAUUCUUUAGCUGUGAUUCCUACAUUGCAGGGGUUGGAUUAGAUGACUCUUGGGGUCCUUGCCAACCUAUGGUUCUAUUUGUAGCCAUACAUAAUGUGCUAGCAUUCAGCUUGUGAUCUUUAUUGUCAUAGGUGAAGUGUGUCAGAUACUGGCCUGAUGAUACAGAAGUCUAUGGAGAUAUUAAAGUCACCCUAAUUGAAACAGAGCCAUUGGCAGAAUAUAUCAUACGCACUUUUACAGUUCAAAAGGUAAGGACACAUUAGCCCUCCCCUCACCAGCAGAUUCUUUUUCUUGCCACUAGGUCAAAGCUGUUCGACAUUUCAUUCAGAUUACUGAUGGGUAGCUACGGAGUUGCCAAUACUAUUUCUAAGUGUACUUGAGACAGCUUAAAGGAGGAUAACACAGUCAGUGACAGCUGUAUUCUACCCAGUGGCGUGCUAUGGGGGGGCGGUGCAUUCCGGGUGCCAUGUCUAGGGGGGUGACAAGAAGGCACCCUGCGGGGGCUCGUUGGGCACAAGCAGCCAUUGCGCAGCUGCAAGCAGAGGAUCCCAGCGCCGGCAGGAAACCACUAUGUACAGCACAUGUGUGGCAUCGCACACAUGCACUUUACAUAAUGACGCCACACAUGUGCUGUACAUAGCGGUUUGCCACCAGCUCCGCUCGAACGCUGUACAGAUGGCAGUGGGAUCCCUCCAGUGCCGCUACAGCCGCAUAUAGAGUUCACGUCUGUAGCGGCGAUGGAGGGAUCCCGGCACCAUCUGUACAGCACUGGAGCAGCGCCGCCAGCAAAUCGCUAUGUACAGCGCAUAUGUGGUGUUACUACAUACGACGCAUGUGUCGUAUGUAGCACGCCGCACAUGCGCCCUACGUAGCGAUGCCCUGCCCCGGAUGUCACGACGCCUUCAUUCGCCCCGGAUUCUACCUUCCAGAAUCAGAGGCAGCAUACCAGUUGCUAGAUGGCACAAGCUGGCGCAACAGUUUUGCCCUUGCAUCCUGCUUGUGGGUUUCCCACUGGCCUCUGGUGGGGCCACUGUGGGGAAAUAGAACGCUAAUCUACAUAGGCCUUUAAUCAGACAAGGGUCUACUUAUUUCUUAAGCAUUGUUCCUAUAUGAUCAGAAUGGUGAUGGUUAACUUUUAUUUGUAUAUCUCAGAGAGGUAUAACCUCCUCUCAGAUUUAGAAAAUGUAUACGUUUAGGCUUGUGUCCAAUGCAGCACUAAGUAACCAUCCCUUUUCUGCAAGGAUUUAUGCUUACGCAACAAGCCUUUCACUUCUCUCCCACACCUCUAAUAUGUUAUGGGAGUUUCCCCAGCCAUUUUGAAGCAGAUUUGGAGAGGACACAGGACACAUGCAGAGAGAGGAGAGGAGAAGCCAUGUUGCACGAGUGUAUACAUUUGCACUGAUGCGACAGUUACUUAGUGCUGCAUUAGAUAUUAGCCCCCCGCUUUGUUCAUUUUAUACAUUUCAAUUAAUUCAAGACAAUAAUAUAUUUUAGAAGCACAAGUACACACCAAAGAGCAGAAGAGAAACUUAAAAACAGAAUUAAAUUAGUGAAAACAUUAAAAGAGUAGAUAAAAAGGAAGACCACUGCCAUUUUCACUAUGUUAGGAUUUUCUCAAUUGUUAUUCCUCAUUUCACUUCUGUUAUUAAUUGGGAAUGUAGCCUAACUGAAUAUGGUUCCCAAUUGAAAGGCAGGGAGGCCUGGCAUAAUUGUGUACCAUUUCUACUUUGGAAGGAGUCAGAUCCUUUCAUAGUCUGUUUUUUUAAAAAAAUCCAGCUUGCUGUUGGGUAGGUUGCCAGUCCAUUUCUCACUAUGGCAUAAAUGUUCUCCAUUCAAAGCUUGGACCAGCUUUCAACAUAUUUCUGCAUGCAAAGGCUUAAUCAGCUUGCUAGUGUUCAUCUUGUUCCCCACACAAAGCCCUGAUUGGACUCGGGCUAUUGUGUAUCCUUUCCUCUUCUGUGAAAUUAACUGUUCAACAUCUCCUGCUCAAAUGAAUCCAUCAUAACUGGUUGGAAACCUGUUGUUGUCUUAGAGCCAUCAAAGUGGCUUUUUCAGUUUUUCUCCUCUACCAUGAAAAGCUGUGUAUACAAAGUAUAUAUGAAAUGUUUUUGGGUGGAAUUGGGUUUAAAAUGUGACACCAUUGUAAAGAAGUGGCUGGUUGGGGUGGGUGGGAAGGGUAGAUGGCAGAGAAUUGAUUGUGGUGGUGAUGAUGAUACUACCAUUACAGAAAAAACACUUGUUUUUUUGUAUCCUUCUUAGAAAGGCUACCAUGAGAUCCGAGAGAUCCGCCAAUUCCAUUUCACCAGCUGGCCAGACCAUGGGGUUCCUUGUUAUGCCACUGGCCUCUUGGGCUUUGUUCGACAAGUGAAGUUCCUCAAUCCACCAGAGGCGGGGCCUAUUGUUGUGCACUGCAGGUAUGCCUUUAAUUCUCUCCCUCACUUCUUUUCAUCAAUUUUCCUCCUGGUUGUGCUCAUUCCCUUGGCCCAGAAGGCACUCCACCACCUUGCCCUAGGGGGUCAUGGGAAUGAAUAUUGUGCAGCCCAAAUCCCUGCUUUAUAACAGGAUCCUCCCCCCAAAUUUGCUUCAUGCAUUAGCCUACUGCAGAUUAACCCCUAUUAGGUAAGUGUGUCACAACCAAAUGGGAGAGAUGUGUGCUGUCACACAGAAGAUGGAGCAAGCUUGUUUUCUCCUGCUCUUGGAGGGUAAGACCCAAACUAAUGGAUUCAAGUUAACAGAAUGGAGAUUCCAACUAAACAUCAGGAAGAACUUUCUGACGGUAAGAGUGGAAUGGACACUUUCAGAAGGUGGUGGACUCUCCUACCUUGGAGGUUUUUAAAGUAGAAGUUGGGUGGCCAUCUGUCAUGGGUGAUUUAGUUGCAAUUCCUGGACUAGAUGACCCUCAGGGUCACUUCCAACUCUACAAUUCUGUGAUUUUGUGGUAGCCCCCUGCCUGAGGUGGUUGCUUCAGCCUUCCACAUUGGUGGACCAUCCUUGAUUGUGCUACACAUUUCUGAAGUCUUCCACUUGGAGGCUGGGUGGUGGAACUUACCCAUAAUAAGCUGCAAAGUUUAAAAUAGACAUCUUUCCUUCGCAACAGUUGUUUUAGAGGGGGACAACUUUUUUUUCUUUUCAGCCCAAGGGAUGUGUUUCCUCAUGGGCAACCUUUUGGGGUCUAUAUGCUUGUGGUGAGUGGGGCCAGGGACAAAUGUGACAGAGCCAGAGGCAGAAGUGGGUGGAGCAAUGGAUGUAAAUCUUCCCUCUGUAUGCAAGAUCGUUCCAGCCAUACAAGACCCAGAUUUAUCUUCACACACACAUUUCUCCGUCCUCAUAAGCAAAUGGCAUUACCACAAGUUCAACAACACAUUGCAGCCAGGCGAAACUCUCAAGGAGUGCACACAGUAAAGCCAAGGAAGAGGGUGGAUGGCAUGGAGAAAGUCUCAAGGGCUGGAAUGAAUGGUCUGAUGGGUCAUAUUAUUUCCCCAGGCCUGAUGUUCCUCAUCCCUAUUUUAAAGCAUGUCGAUAGCUAGCUGCUGGUUCAGGUCAUGCCCCUAGUGGCACUGAUGAACCCGAACAUUUGAUUCCUUUUCUUUUUAAUUUUAGUGAUCAAAUGACAUUCCCUCCUUUUAAAAAUUUAAAUGACUAGCCCAAAGUAGUAAUUACUAAAUUUUCCCUAAUGCUUCCUUGGACAGUAUUACUGUCAUUCAGUAUUUAUGAAGUGCAGGGUUCCUCUAAAUAUAGAAAUCUUACAGCUAUUUGUUAUAAUUUUGAAUUGCAGGAAGAGAGUUAACGUUAGGGAAGGGCCAUUUAUUCACUAAGAUUAUUCAUAUUAUUCCUUCCUAGCUGUCGAUUGAUCUGGGCCAUUGAUUCAUUGCCAUUAAUGUUUCUCUGCUUUGCCCAUACUUCCUGCAUCUGAAAUUUCUCAUGCCUUUAGGAAAAAGAGAAAGACUUUCUAGUUUCUUCUGUUCUUUACAGAUUGGGAGAAGGGAGAUCUGUGAUAAGGCUUGUAUUUAGAGCCUAAACAUUUGUUCAUCCAAACCUGAGCUUUUGUGCCUGGGACAAGUAGCUGGUAGAUGUUACUGGGACCUGUUGAUGGUCCUGUGGAUCAAUGAAGGGUAGAGGUGGUGGCUGAGGGGUACAGCAGUCACCACUGUGGAAAUGUGUGGUUGCUAGCAAACUUUUCUUUUCCUGGGGUGAAUAGUCAAUCAGCCACUGAAUGCUUGCCCAGUAUUGACUGAGGUGCAGCCACCACCACCUCCCAGCUACUACUGGUGCCACUUGCCAGCACUGAUUGUCCCAUAACAGCAGCCAGCGAAUCCUAUGAGUGGCCUUCUUCACCAGCCAGUAAUAAGAAGCUACUUCAGCACCACUUCACUUCAGCACCGUAUUCAAGGCUCUGUCUCAAAAUCUGGUUUUCAGAAGCUCGUGUCUUGAAUACUGGAAUUAAUAUCAGAUAGAGCAUCCUGGGUAAUGGCAGAUCACAUCACCCUCAUCACAAAAAGGCAAACUACCAGACAGCCAGAAUCCUUACAAUAUGUUGGUGCACUGCAUGCCUUCAGAUGAUAGGUUUCUACAUUUCAGUUAGAAGGUUUAGAAAUUCCUCCCCACAGCGGGGAAGAAACAAAUGCCCGCGAAUACAAAAUUAGCAUGUUGGGGGAAAAGGUCUAGACCAGCAGUUCUCAACCUGUGGGUCCCUGGAUGUUGUUGGACUACAAGUCCCAUCAUCCCUGAGCUCUGGCCUUGAUAGCUAAGGGUGAUGGGAGUUGUAGUUCAACAACAUCUGGGGACCCACAGGUUGAGAAAGACUGCUCUAGCCCAUAUUGGCUGUGAGUCCUGAAAGACCUGCACCCUACCUUGCAGGCCUUUUUAUACCUGGCCUGGGAGGAUGGGGCCCUGACUGACUCCAGCUACAAAAGCCAAGGCUGCUGAACAGAGUCUUGGGCUGGGGUGCUGGUUGGGGAGGGGGGGUUGUUGAGGGGAAGGUUGUUGCUGUUUUGCUGUUUGAUUUUUGAUGUUUUAAAAUACAUUUUUAAUUGAUAUCUAUCAACUGGUUUUAUUAUCUUUUGCAUGUUGUAAUCCACCUUCAGUAUACUAUAUAAAAGUGAGGCAAUAUUUAAACAAAUAAAUAAGUGCAAACAUUACUGGACAGUCUUAAUACCCCAGAUACUCAGAACGGUGAGAUGCUUGCUUUGAAAUUUCUUGCGACCAGGUCUGGAUAUCCACCUGUAUGAUCUGAAUAAUUUCCAUAGGCCAAAGAUUAGAAGGAAACCACUAAGCAUUGUCCAAAUGUGUCUGUCUUGGAGAAAAUAGAAGUUUGCUUUUAAAAAAUGAAAAGCUGAAGAAAGACCCCUUUGAAAUCUGACUUCAGAGUCUAUCUCUCUCUCUCUCUGCUUGUCAACAGAAAUGAGUUCCACACCUGCUGUUCCAAGCUGUUCAACAUACAUAUGUGUUUUUGUUUUUAAUUUAGUGUAUUGCAGAUAGUAUGACUUGCUAUCUUGGGUCUUCUUUUCCCUUUUGGUAUUUUCUCCAUUCUUUCUUUUAAUAUAUCUCUGCUCCGUACCUUUUCCUGAAGUUUUCUAGCCUUGCCAUCCCCAGAGAACUGGAGUGGCACUGCAGUGCUGUCCAGACCUUCAGGGCAAAGAGGGACUAAUGAAGGAAGACAGCUGAAUUUACAACGCUCAUUCCCACCACCACCACUGAAUGCUCUGCCUUUUCACGGUCCAUUGAUCUGGUCCCUGUUUCUCUCCCCCCCCCCCACCUCUCCUUCAGUGCUGGUGCUGGGAGGACAGGGUGCUUUAUUGCCAUUGACAUCAUGCUUGACAUGGCAGAGAACGAAGGUGUGGUGGACAUAUUUAACUGUGUGCGGGAGCUGCGAUCCCAGAGGGUCAACUUGGUGCAGACGGAGGUAGGUGUAAGGAUGCAUUUUUUUGCCUGUCAGCUUGUUUCCAAGAAACAGCUCCACACUACCAGAUGGCUGUAGCCUAUAUAAUGGAAGAAAAGGCAAACAUGUGAGCGUAUCUAGUAUGCCGGCGAAGCCUGGUCAACUAAUCCCUUGGUGCAAUUUGUGGAAUUAUGUUGAAGGGUUUGCAAAGUGCCCCUAAUUAGUGGGCCAGCAGAUAUAAUCUAUUAAAUUUAUAUCCUGUGCCCUUCCUCUGGAAGGAGCCCAGGGUGGCAAUAAUCUAUAUUUAUUUUUAAUACAAGUACCUAAAAAAGCACAGGCUGCUGGCUCUAUCUGAGAAGAGGCAUUUCAUGCACACAUACAAGGAAAUGUCUCAUAAUCUAGUGCCUGAAUAUGACAUGCACAUGCAUCAUUGAAAAACAAAGUCUGCUUUCAUCACUGGAAUCACACAGCGUAAUUUGUAACGCACAAGCUAACAUUAAACAUCUAUCAUUAGCUUCCAAAUCCAUCUCACAAAGCUGCUGCUAUUAAACCCACCAGUUUCCAUUAAUUGAAACACAGUCUGAACUAUAUCCAGCCUCUUUAAAUUUCCCCAGCAAUCAUUCAAUUCAAAUCUACUUUUUAGCUGGGAAAAUCUGAGGUGGCCAUAGUCUUUGUUUUGCAUUCAGCACCUGUAAUCCAGGCAACUUCAAAAUGAGAGAUUUGACAUGAUCAUCAUCACAAAUUCGUAUACAGUGGUGCCCCGCAAGACGAAUGCCUCGCAAGACGGAAAAUCCGCUAGACGAAAGGGUUUUCCGUUUUGGAGUUGCUUCGCAGGACGAAUUCCCCUAUGGGCUUGCUUCGCAAGACGAAAAUGUCUUGCGAGUCUUGAGAAUUUUUUUUCGCUUUUCCCCCCCUUUAUCUAAUCUGCUAAGCCUUUAAUAGCCUUUAAUAGCCUUUUAGCAGCUAAUCCCCUAAGCCUUUAAGCCUUUAAUAGCCGCUAAACCGCUAAUAGCGCUAAUCCGUUAAGCCGCUAAUAGGGUUGCUUCGCAAGACGAAAAAACCGCUAGACGAAGACUCUCGCGGAACGGAUUAAUUUUGUCUUGCGAGGCACCACUGUACAUUAUGUUCAUCCCACCACUCACUAGAACCGGAUGCCUUAAGUAUUGGGUUACUUCACACAUUACACCUCUUAGCCAUACACAUAUUUUAUAUUUAUACACCAAAUGUAAGAGAUUAUUUUGACAAACAAGUUUUUGCAAACAUAUCACAAUGCAGACAUGUGGAUCAAGGGUCAGCAUCCUGUUGAACGUAAAUAUGGUGGCAAACCUGGGUUUGUCUCCACUGACAUAAAUAGUGAAAUGGCCCUUUUAGAAAAAGCAGUUAUGUUCUCAGUACAAUCAAUAAUUAAAAACCAGGUAAAAUAUUUCAUAGGUAGAAUAUGUCGCUGAAUAAAAGUCUAUGUCCACUUGUACGCCUUUGCUUAAGCAUGUACACCAGGAAUUGUAGUUACAUGUUGUAGAAUGUAAAUUGCCAUAUGCAUGAAUGGUGCUAUAGAAAUAAUUAACUGGGAUCAGUUUUAAUGCUGGAGAUGGAUUAAGAUCCAGGCAAAACUUUGCCUAUCAUUCCACCUGCCCAAAUGCUUUUUAAAAUGUAUCUGUUGCCCAUGUUUUGACAUGUGUUUGCCUUGGCAUUGGGUUUGCUUUUAUCCAGGAGGGGAAAACACACACACACAGUGAUAAAAUGCAAGCACUUCCCACUCCAGUUGGAUGGUAGGAGUGUUUUGUUGACCCGAGAACUCUGAGAGGGAAUGUUGAGCAUUUCAUUAUUAAAGUAGGAUGUGUAAGAUUGAUCCUGAGGAGACUGACAAUGAUCAAUGUACAACUUCUUACUGCGUAGGAACAGUAUGUCUUCGUUCAUGAUGCCAUUCUAGAAGCAUGCCUUUGUGGCAACACAGCCAUCCCUGUUUGUGAAUUCAGAUCCAUAUACUACAACAUCAGCAGACUGGAUCCGCAGACGAAUUCCAGCCAGAUUAAAGAUGAAUUCCAGGUAAAAUAAAAAUAAAAAUGCAGACCUUGUAUUUUGUCAGUCAUGGAAUAGGUGAUGACUGGCAUGUCUCAAAUUAUAACAGGGUGCCAAGGAUGCUCGCAUGUAUAUUGUCAAAAUGUCCACAUUUGUCACCUCCCAUGUAUUAGGUACAAAAGAGAGUGUACAUAGCUCACAAUGGUAUAUAGUCAGAUUAUAGAUUUUCCCUCCCUUCUGGGAAUGUGGAAGCACCAUUUAUAAUAAAAACACAUGGUUCAGUAAUGGAAACCAAAACAGGGUCAGGCUGAAAAGACAGUGGCUAUUGGGAGGGACCCGUUGCAUGGAUAUGUAAGUAUGAACAAGUAUGUUCAUGUAUGGGGAGUGGGGGAGAAAUUUGAAUCAAUUCACAUUGGAAGGCAAACCUACCUAGUUCACACUUUAUGAAAUGCUACCAUCUUCCAAAUUCACACUUUGAAUUUUGAAAGUCAUCCUUCAAAAUUUGUACUUUUCUGAAUUUUGCAUUGCAGUUUUCCAGGCAAGUGAAGUGUACAAAAAUUCAUUUACAAGAGUAAAGUAUACAAAAAGUGCAUAAACAACUGGAAAUAACAUUCCAAAUUGUUAAGGGUAUAUGAGUAUAUUAGAAGAAAUGCACACCAGAAUACUCGUUCUUACUUUUACUUCUACAUAACCACAGGCUGUCCUCACACACCUGAUGUUAUGGGACUGGGCUCCCAGUCAGUAUGUGUUUAAGCCAGGCAUAAAUUAACUACUGAGGUGAGUUUCUUGGUUUGCAGUUUUGUUUGUGUAGCAGAUGUCUGUGCAUCAGAUUGCAUUAUUUCUCUCCAUUUGCAAGACUGCUGAAAAGUUACAGUUCCAUGAAUCGAAGAAAAGGUGAUCAACGGGUACCACAACUUCUGCUGCAGAUAUUUAGUGCUUACACGAAGGAAACAUUUAGGUUGAAUGGACGCUUUCGCUAAUGUUUGCCUGGGGCUGUGAAACAAAAAUGUAACCAUUUCUCUCACAGCAGUGAACAAAAUGUUCUGCUUCCAUUCACCAAAUUGUUUGUAAAUUGGUUUAUGUUACAAAGCUCACCUUGCUUCAUCUGAAAAUGGCCAUUAUGAAGCUAGAAGAUAGACUUUCUCCCUUUGAAGUAUGCCCCAAUCUCAUUAGCAUUUUGUUUACAGCUUUUCUGUUUGUUUCUUCGCAGAGAAUCGAAAGGUCAUAUAUCUCUUCCAAAACACUGCUUUACACAAAAUAAAAGUGCACUUUUAACCAAUAGAUUCCAUCAGUUUGCUGCUGCCCACUUUUGAACAGGGUCUGGUGGGAAACAUCAGCGAUUUUGCUGUUUGGCUGAACAACAUUAAGAUGCCCUAAUUUAAGUUUCACAAUCCUGCUUCAGUACCAUCUCCAAUAUGCACAAGAGGUGCAUUCCAUAUAUUAUUUGUGUAGAAUGUUGCAAGCGGUUAUGAAGAUCUGGUUUUAGGAAAAUGUAAUAUGCACCCCAUAAGUUACUACAGCGCCCCACUCAUCUUCUCUGAUUCAGAAAAAUAAACACCUUCCUGGCUCUUUGAAAACUGCAAGACCAGUAUUCAAAGCACCAAGAAGGUAGACAAGCAUCUAUCUCCCAGUGAGAUAUUCUCAAUGUAUUUGCCACAAGGAAAGCAGUUGGACUGUGUAAGAAGUUGCCACCAGGUAAAUGGUUGGAGGCUUGCUAGUGGGGGAUGUCGAGACCCUAUCGGGAAUGUGGUGGUGUCAGACCUUUGAAAUUAAGAGCACCAGCAGAGCCAUGUUGGAUCAGGUCAAAGGCCCAUCUAGUCCAGCAUCCUGUUCUCACCAUGGCCAACCAGAUGCCAAUGGGAAGCCCGAAAGGAGGACUUGAGCACAUCAGGAGCUCAGGUCCUGGUUAAGGGCUAGAUCAAAUCUACAGAUCUGGGCUCUGGCACCUUCUUUAUAUAAAUGAUGAAUGGGCUGGAUCUCACUGUGAAACUCCUGUGUAGUCACUAUGCAAUGUACACAUUGAAAAAGUGGCUGUCAUACAUAAAACUAGAGUAGAUUCUGAUUUAUGAUCACUCUAUGUAUCUGAAUGACACCCAGAGGCCUUAGUUGGUACCAUGACUUUAGUUUGCUGAUCUGUAUAAAAAAGAUUUAGUUUCCAGCUCCUGCCUCUUAAAUAAACCCUAUGUGCAUUAACUGAAUGGCUGCAGGGAUGGAGAGAAGAGACCAGGGUGACAUUAAAAGGUGCAGGUUUGCUUGUUUUUACAGCUAACUGCAUGAUCUGGAGCUGUGGGCAUGCUUGAGUGUUGGUUUAUCAAGAUUAGUGGGAAAGAGACAUUGAUGAAUCACUAAGAGGCCAAAUGUCUAGCCCUUCUCAUGAUGCAGCUCAUCAUGUGCAUCCGGGCAAAGGAGUGUCAUUACAAGGAAUUUUAGGUUCUACUUUGUGCCAGACAGUUGCCUGAGAGAACUCCAUCAAAAGGAUUUAGCGCUGCAGGAGAGCAUUCUGGCCUAAAUAAUUUUUUUGGAUGGCUCUAGUUAUCUAUAGCAUGCAUCAAUUCCCACUGAGAUCACAGAUUUGAGCAUCACACAUGGCUUUGACAGUUUGAAGUCUUUUUAUUCGAGUUCUGAUUUUAAUGUUUGGAAUACCAUGGAUCUAUGUGAAAUAAUAAAUGAGUGUUAUUCAGUGUGGUGUUGGUUCAAUCAAUUUAAUAGCUACGUAGGAAAAACUGGUUGAGCUUCCAACCUUAAUAUGCUUUCUUAGAUGAACCGUAAUGAUUUUACAAGUUUAAAGGCAUGAACAAAGGCUCUGAGUGCACCCAUUUUUAGCAAAAGCUGAUAUAAUCGAAAGAUACACAGUACCUUCUGGUUUGCAUUUGACUGAGAAUACAGAGAAUACAGGAGUUAAAACAUCAUACUAAUAUGUCACUAUGAUACAGAAUACUGCUGAGUAAUAUUCCUUGAUUUAGCUCUUUAAACAGGAAGAAAUGAAACCACCCAAUAACAUAUGAAGUGUAGCUGGAGUACAAUGUAAUAAUAAAUAUGAACAUUUAAAGCUGAACUUUAGUCAAGAUGGGCAGAUUUCACCUAUCACAAGCUUGGAAGCUUCAGUGACUCUUGCAUGGUAUGGACAUUAUCUGGUCUUACUGUUAGCAUAGAUAUCCAAAAUAGCCACAAGUAAGGUGAUAUCAGAGAUGACUUGCACCAUUAUGUUUUAUGUGUUGUCACUUGGUCAUAUUUUUCAUGCUCUUUGGCUGCUCAAAUACCUUAUUGGGUUCCUGCAGAAAAGAAUAUUAGACAGAUACAUUGUCUGAAAUAUUAAAAAUAGUCUCAAAACAAGUGUUCUGUUUUCAUUUAAACCUGUAGUUUUCAGCACUCUGCAAGCGCUGGGGAAGUUUCAAACCUGAAUUAUGAAGGAAGGUGAUUCUAUCCCCCCUCACCCCAAUGUAGCAGUAUGAGUUCCAGCCUUGCAUGUUGAGAAGAUUUAUGAGUUCAGUCUGGCUGCUGUCAGAUAGAUUGGCAAAAGAGAACGCUUGCAUUUUAUGUGAAAAAUCACAUCUUUUUAUGUUAAACACUAAUCAGCUCCUGUGUCUUCCCUUGCCUACAGACCCUUAAUAUAGUAACGCCUCGAGUACGGCCAGAAGAUUGCAGCAUUGGACUCUUGCCAAGGAACCAUGACAAGAAUCGCUGCAUGGAUGUACUCCCCUUGGAUCGGUGCCUCCCCUUCCUUAUCUCCGUUGAUGGGGAAUCAAGUAACUACAUUAACGCUGCACUCAUGGAUGUAAGCAAACCUCACUCUGAGGUCACGUUUUCUUCUGUAUAGAUAAUUAGAAAAUGGGCAGCUCUAGCUAAAUACUGUCUGCCUGUUACAGUGGUAUGUUUAGUAGGAUAAUUUCUCACAAUAAUGCUGACAAGUUUUCCAUAAUGAUUUUUAAAAAUAUGAAAGCUGCAUGGUGGCACAUCUCAUUGUCUGAGUUUGCUCUUACUGUCUGCUGUGAUACAGCCCAGGCACAGGUUUCCCACCACAGUGAGAAUUAAGCAACAGCAAAAUCUCUGUAAGAGAGGGCAGUGCUUGUCCCAAGAAGACUAGGAGAAGGCAUCAGGCUGUCAUUUUCUUAGAAAUGAAUCAAAGGGUUGCAGCUCAGGGGUAGAGAAUGUGCUUGCUUGGCACAUGAAAGGUUUCAGACUUAAUCCCUGGAAUCUUCAGUUAAGGUGUGCGAGGACCUUGGCUUGAGACCAUGGCUAACAGUACCGAGAAAUGUAGCCCAUACUGAUUAAGGGUCUGCCUCCAUAUAAUGCAGCUUCUUCUGAGAAUAGAAUCAUUCAACUGUAUGAUUCUGCAAUGUGGGAAUCUCAACUAAAGCUUCCAUGGCAGAUGGCCAUCCAACCUCUGCUUAAAAACCUCCAAGGAAGGAGAGUCCACCAUCUCCCAAGGGAGACGGUUCCACUGUUGGAAAGUUAGAAAAUUAUUUCUGAUGUUUCGUCAGAAUCUCCUUUGUUGUAACAUGAAUCCUCUCUUCCUAUGGAUGGUCAUUCCUAAGAGCAGUCUCCACUGCAAAGUGGCUGCAGAAAUAUCCCCCCAUAAUUGGGAAGGGGGCACUUGUGUCUUCCUUGCAAGCACUCUCAUAUAUUUUUCCUUUAGGAUGUGUUUUUAUCUUCCAAUUGAUUUUGUUGUUAUUCCCUAAACUGAAUGUCAAUGGAAAUGAACCACAAGCAUACUGGUCCCGCAAACCUGUCUGCUUAUUCCUUUUCCAUUGUCUAUUAUGUGCUCAGUUCAGGCUAUCGUUGUUGUGAGAACCUCUGCUGUACAAUCAAACGUUUGCAUCUCUUACCAGAAAAAAAAGGCUUAAGAUACAUUCAGACACAGUAUGUAGUCUUGUCAAAGUGAUUCAGAGGCACUGUGAUAGUGGGUACAUAUCCGUUAUCUCACAGCCGAGUGAGCAAAGGCCUUUACUGCUUCACUAAGCAGAAGCUGUUUUCUGCACAACCCGUCUGUGUCUAACUCUGAGUUGUGCUGCUGCCAGCAAUGAAACCGCUGUAUUUUUCACAUUUACAGAGAUUGGACAGUGAUCAUUUCCACUAUGAAGCUGAGAUCAUCCUCAUGUCUUACAAACCCCUUCUGAUCUUUCACCACCUGCCCUUAUUACAGAUUGGAAUUUUUAAAAAGUGUUUAUUGACUAAUAAUCAGUAGUGACCUGUGAGGGGGUAGAGGUGUGGCAGGCAGAAUAGGCCACCAUUUUUGGACAGGAAUUGAGGGGAAGGGAAUGCAAUACAGACACACACAUAAGGGCCUGGCGUCCUUAACUGUGGUUCAGAUCUAUGUCUGCCUCAACAUUAACAGUGGUUAAUUGUUUCCCAGAUGUGCUUCUACCCUGCAUUUGAACCAAAAUUGGUUUCAAAUGCUGAGUUAGAGGCAUUUCAUAGUUGGGAUGAACUAUGGUUAAUAGUGCAGGCAUAAUAUCAAACCAUGGCUAAUGGGAAAUUGUAUAAUGGAAGCAAUAGAAACAAAGGGGGAGAGAGCAAAGAUCAAGAAAGCAGGCAGUAUUGUGGCCCAUUCCCAAUCUCUUAAUGUUUGGCAUUACACCAGCACUAGUCCUGAUCCACGUUGGUCUGAUCUCUAUUUUUGAGUAGGAACAGAAGGUUAUGUAUCCCCCAAUUACACUGGCCAAUUGUUUCAAGGAGUUAAAUGUCUGCUUUUUAGACUGAUCCCUUAUGCUAAUCCACGUGCACUCCACAGAUGUUUAGAAGGGAUUGUUUACUCACUUAAACCGUAAGCCAAAGUCAAAAUACAAUAAUGCUUUACAUAUGUAAUCUCUUUUCAUGCCAGCAUUUUCUUAUAUUUUAAAGGACAGAUGAAGCACAGGAAUUCUGUAAAUCCACGUGAUGGCAAAGGCAUUGUCAAUUGCAGACUCUGGGCAUGGUGGGUAGGCUAAUCAGAACAAAUAAUGGGUAGCUCUUCACAGUUCUGUAGAAGAAGGAAUAUUGUCAGGUGCAGUUUGUCAAGUGUAGUGUUUCAGGCAGGAGGCAAAUUGCACACACCCAAACUCCUUCUUCUACAUAGCUAUUAAAGGUACUUAUGAUAUGUCCAUAAUCUUCAGAAUACAAAGUGGUGGGGUUUUGUUGUUGUUAAAAAAGAAAUAAAAUUAAUUGCUCAAAAUGGUGAAGAAAAAAUGUCAAGCCUUCAGCAAAUGUGCAAAUAGGAUGGAGGGGAAAUUUAAUCAGUUCACAAUUAUGGGCAAACUUACUGAAUUUCCCCUUUCCAAAGCAGUGCAUGAACUGAAAAAACAGCCAUUCUUUGCAAUUUACACUUCUCUGAAUUUUGCAAAGCAGUUCUCUAAGCCAGGUAAUGUGUGAAAUUUGCAUUUUACUAGGGCAAAGUGCAUAAAAUUGCAUAUAUUAGUGAACAAAGCGUAUAAACAUUCAUUGUUGAAGAGAAAAAUACAAAGAUGUGCAUGUUAUUGCAUACAAAUGCAUAUAUUAGGAGAAAUUUGCACUGGACCUGAUUCUUUUUCUUUUCUUCAUAAAGCAGCCUUCGCAAACUGCAUCACAAACUGGUUUUGGAACUGUGUGGAAUUGAAAGAGUAGCCUUUGUUACAACACAGGGCUGAAUUGUUAAAUGAAAAGAAGUAAACAACUCCUGUUGUGUGUGGGGGCAGCUGUAGCAGAUGCCCAUUUUGCAAGCCUGCUUAGAUCUUCAUAUUCCGGCCACUCUGCUUUCGAUGUCUUUAGGAAAAGGGAAGUCCUUCUUCCAGCUGUCCCCUUCAGUCAUUUCCUCAAAUUAUCGUCAUUAUUUUGCUGAGUCUUGACACAUAAAUAAUUCAUAAGGGAUAAUCCUUGUUCUUAUGGCACUUCUCUAAUGAAAUGUCUUCAUUGGGAUCCCAUUACAAAGGCUUCAUUCAUUCAAUGUGCAGCGAUAACAAGGAGUGUGAGGUGCGAUUUGUAUAAUCUGGUUACAUGGCUUCGUUUGCCUGCCCACAGCCUCCUGGGUUUAAUAUUCUUCUGAAAUCAAUGGUGAUUGAUUUUCCCCACUAACAUUAAUCCCUUCUUUUUCUUUCUCUCCCUCCCCGCCAACUCUUUUGUCAGAGCCACAAGCAACCUGCUGCCUUUAUAGUUACCCAGCAUCCUUUACCCAACACAGUAGCAGAUUUUUGGAGGCUGGUGUUUGAUUACAACUGCUCCUCUAUUGUGAUGCUGAACGAAAUGGAUGCUGCACAAGUAGGUAGUUUCUUUGGGGGGGGGGAGUUGUGAGUUCCUACAGACCAGGCAUCUUCCACCAGUCUUUUCUCGGCUAAUUACUCUGAACAAAACAAUUAAAUAUAUGCAUCCAAACUGAUUUCUAGAAAACUUAUUUAUUUCAAAGCAGUUGCUUCUCAGGUAAUCUUAAGAUCAGAAAUAAGCCUUGGCAGUCAUGGGCUCCUCCCAGAUUUCUUUGGACAAUUAUGCUGAUCUUUGUUGCAGUGAGGGGAGAGAUUCUCACAUGCUGAGACUGCCAUAUCUGGGGUUGGCUCAAGACUUCAGGCAGUAUACUACCAAUCUGUCACAUCAGCACAAGGAUUUCUGCUUGGCAAUGAAACAUUCCCCUUCAUCUUCUCAUGCAGGCCCUGCACCAUCUCCAAAUCUGAUCCGGAGGGUUGAGGGGGGACCCCUAGAACUGAUUAAAAGGAUGUACAGGGGGACGGAGGUAGCAGAAAUUCUUGUGCUGAUGGAACAUUUGCCUUAGUGCUAUGUUGGAUUCCACCUUUGAUUUCUACCAUGGCAGUCAUGAGGCUGUCUCAUCACAACAUGUCAUUGGCCUACAACAUGUAUCAAUUUGGUUUGCUCUGUCUUGAAGGGUCCUGUUGAAGUGAUGUACCCCCAGAGGCUAAUAGAUUCUGAAGGAUUCCAAGGGGCUCUAGCGAAUUUUCAUAUUGAUUCAGCUGAUGCUCCCUAUUGAAACUUUGGCACUCUGAGGAAUGUAGGGACCACUCUGGAUGCACUCUCAAUCCCAAAUUCAAUCUUCAGGCUUCAGAGGAGAGUCUAGCUGCUGCUUGAAGCACCAUUUAGACCCCUUUCUUGCAUAGACAGAAAGAAAGGAAAGGGAGAUACCUUGGCCAUUUCAUGUUUACCGCUAAGUGCACUCCUGAAAAUUUCUUAGAAUCACUCCCACGUAAAAAAAAAAAAAAAAAGGCACUGAUAUGUUCACACCAUGUUCAUGGAUGACAAAUAGUUCCACAAAAAUAUGGAAGGAAAAAUUUUUCUUUGCCCUAUGUGUGAGACACUGUUGAAAGCUUUAUCUGAAAAAAAUCACUUCUGGCUUCAUCCAACAAGAGUAAGCUACAAGGCAUGAAUCAGUUUGCUGGAUGCCUUUGCCUUACGAAGUUCUGGGUUCUGAACAGCAUGGAGAGGAGAAAUGUUAUCAAGCAUCUGCUCUUGAUGGGUUUUCAAAUUCCCAUGCAUGCAACAUCCUCUAAGAAAUUAUUGGUUUGGUCAGUUCUGAUGAUUGCCAAUUUGAUGUUGGGAGUCAGGAGGCUGAAUACAGGCUCCCCCCAUAUUCUAUAUUCCUUAUGUUAUAUGUAGAUGGCAAAUCAUGUUAAAGGUUUCACUAUUAUAACUGGCUAUUUUCUCAUUGGAUGUAAUGGGUUUUAGUGUAAAAGCUGGUAUGUUGCGUUUUCCUCCAUUCUAAUUUUGGUUUGUUGUGUGCUUCCCUUUUCUCUCUGAGCAGCUCUGCAUGCAGUACUGGCCAGAGAAGACAUCCUGUUGUUAUGGGCCAAUCCAAGUGGAAUUUGUUUCUGCUGAUAUUGAUGAGGACAUCAUCAAUAGGAUAUUCCGGAUCUGCAACAUGGCAAGGGUAAAAAGAUACAAUCCCUGGUUCAAAUACUGGCAUUUAGUCUGGGGUUGGUCUCCUGGACAACUCCAUCAGAUCAGUAAGCUUUAAGUAUACAGAGGUCUGGCUGCAAAGUUCUCAUACACAGGAAUAGACUUAUACCAAGUCAGAUAAUUGAGUGGCAGUGGCGCUCCAAGGUUUCAGGUGGGGGGUAUUCCCAGCCCUCCCUGGAGAGGUCAGGGGUUGAACCUGGGACCUGAGUUACGGCCCUUCCCCAAGUUGCUUCUUUCCCACUCAGGUGGGCUUCUACCACAGGCUUUGUGAGCUCUCUCUUCCUCUCUACUCCCUACUCCCCACACCGAACCUCAGCUUCUACUUCUUAUGGUUGAGGGCUCCCUCUCUAGCUCCCUAGCAGUUGUGGUCUCUUGUCAUUCCACAGCUUGAGUUAUCUUUAAAAUACUAUUCACACUAUAGCUGCAGCAUAUCUCCUUCUGCCUCCAGUUCUGUUUCCCUGCAGACUACACCUCCUUCCAGUUGUCCUUGAAUUCCCCUGAUUGCCUUUGAUCUUGGAGGAGCUACGCUGGGCAGAUCCUGCAGCAAGGAAGUGGGCAGGAAGCCAGAGUGGGCAGUGCUAGUGGGAGGCAAGUGCCUUCCCAAAUCAGGAGUUCAUGCCUGCAGCCCUCCCCAGUUGCUGGACUCCUGUCAUUAACAAACCUGGUCCCCCCCAUCCCCCCCACCCCACCGUGGUCUUAUCCACCUAGAAAUAUACUUUGCCCCUUUUGUUCUCCCCCCCCCCAAUUAAUUUCCAUUGCCAUCACUGGAUGGAUCCAGGAUCUGCCAUAGGGAUGGUUAGGGAAAGGAUCUGAGUCAAAUUCAGCUUCCACAUUUUCAAAGAAUUUAAUGUUGCUUUUUAGCACUCAGACAUUUAUUAGUACAGAAGGGUCAUUUGAGGUAAAACUUUUUUGCCAUUUCCCAACGGCAGGAACUUGCAUACCUCCCCCACAUAUUACUAGCAUGUCCCUACACACUCUUCUGUCUCUAGAUGUGACCCAUUCCUGGCAAAUGUCUGAUCCCUCUAACCUGUUACCUAUCCUUAUCCUUGAGCCUGAAGAUGAAAGGGAAACAGAGUGCUUACAAACUAUGAUUCUCUGAAAAGUCUCAUGAAAUCUUGUACUGCCAAUGGCAAAGAUUACAUUGAUGUUCACCAUCCGUCAGAGUAAUUUGUCCCACGCAAUUAAGUACCAACUCUCUAUUGAUUGCUUGUCUGUUAAGAAGGUGGUCAUAGUGGGCCUCGGGGAGAAAAAAAGACAUACCUUUUUUGUCAGCUACUGUAUAAAUCAGAUACUAAUUCCAAGAACUAGCUUUCUGCAAAUGUUUGCUCAUGACAUUCAGGAGAGGAAAUUAUUGAUCCUGUUAGCUACCAGCCAUCCCUUCCAUGAUCUAAACCAGCAGUUUUCAACCAGUGUGCCAUGGCACCCCGGGGUGCCUUGAACAACACUGGCCUCCUUCUCACCCUCCUUUUUUUAAAUAACAUUUUAUUAAUUUUCCAAAAAUAACAAAAACAUCAUCAAAAAAAAAUUAAACCAUAAUUUUGCUUGACUUCCCUCCACUCCCCCUCUUGUUUAGGGGUACUCUCAUUUUCCUACUCAUAUUGAAAUACUGCCCCUCAAUGAGGCCACACUUAGAUUCACAAAAUGUUUAGGGGUAUGUGUUCCCCUGCGUCCCCCCAGAAAAAAAGCACAGAGAGAGAGGCUGCCAGCUCUGCGGGCAAGGGGAGACAUAACUGGGUUUCUGAGCCCCACAGGGGUGCCACAGAAAGAAUGCAGUUGGUCAAGCGAGCUGUGGACUAAAAAAGGUUGAAAACCUCUGUUCUAAACUGUGGAUGAGGAACCUGUGGAAAUUCAGGCACUGCUGGACUACAAAUUCCCAUGAGCCCCAGCCCUGUUUGCCAGGAAUGAUGGGAGUUUAGUGAUAUACACACCAUACAUUUAAAACACAUUUAUGUCACCUUAGCAGUCAUGGUUUCCCUCAAAGAAUCCUGCAAACUGUAUUUUAUCCCUCACAAAGCUAUAAUUCCCAGCACCCUUACCAAACUACAGUUCCAAGGAUUCCUGGGGGGGGGGGGGACCAUGACUGUUAAAGUAACAAGAAUAUUUGACAUGUAUGGUGUGGAUGUGACCCUGGAAACCAAUAUAUGCAGAACCACAGGUUCCCCACACCUAGUAUAGAUCCAUCUCAUUCCAUGUGUCUCCAGACAGUGAUUACAAGAGGUCUGAUUUGCCUUGUCUUGACAUGGCACCUCCAGCCUCAUUUCCUCAAGCAGGAAAAAUAAGCAAGUAAAAAUGAGCAAACCUUGCAUCAGUUCAUCUAACAUAACUGAAUACCUUCCUGUUCUCAUUGUUUACUUUCCUGAUGUGCCAACAUGAAUAAACUUCUUUGGGGAACCUUCCCUGCAAGUGAAAACAGCCUGAAGUUGCUUCCAUUGGUCUCCUUUUACAGUGGGCAGUAGGAGUGGGAAGUAGGAAGCCUCUUUCUUACAAUGGGAUACAGAGGAGGACUCUCAGAAGACCAGAACAUGGACUUCUGAGAGUACAUAAAAGGUUUCAUACAAGUCCUUCACACAGUCCAACCAAGAUGUAUUUCUUUUCUUUUAGCCCCAGGAUGGGUACCGUAUUGUCCAGCAUUUGCAGUACAUUGGUUGGCCAGCAUAUAGAGACAUACCUCCUUCCAAGCGCUCCCUCUUGAAGGUGGUCAGGAGGCUGGAGAAGUGGCAGGAGCAGUAUGAUGGGCGAGAUGGGAGAACUGUGGUCCAUUGCCUGUAAGUAGUUUGCCUUUGUUUUCUGUGCUAAAUAUUGGUUACAAAGCAGAAAAGCAGGGAAGCACUGCUGAUGAACUGAGCCUUCAGGUUUGCUGCUUUGAUGGAACACCAUACCCUGCAUUUGUACAUGUGUAUGCCAUAGUGCUGCUGAUCCAAAUGCCUGCUGAGCAGAAUUGCAUGGAAUUGAAGGGCCAGAAAACAUCAUCUAGUUCAGGGCUGGGACAAGUUGAAUAGGCCUUGAUCAGCGUCCUGUGGAGGGCUCCUUUGUCCAUUGGUAGAUCCUGGGGGCUUAUCAGGGGAGAGCAGCAAGAUCUAGUCACCACUUAAAUUUCACAAAGUAACCCCAAGCAAGCAGUGUUCCAGGGCAUUGUUGGAAAUCUAAAGAGCAGCUAGAUCUGGUAUGCAUCCAUGCUGAUGAAAUGCUAGACAGGAAUGUUUUGUUUUUGUUUUUUUAUGGCCCUGAUCUGCUUAAGUAUUGGGCUGCUAAGAUCCUUCAAACCAAACACUCCUGAUCUUUAAAAUAAUAUUCCAGUCUAUCAUAGAAUACAGCCUGCUCAAACCUUUGGAAUAUUUGUGUAUCCCUCUCAGUUCAUGAAGGAGGGAAUUGGAUCCCAUAGUUGGUGUCUGCUACUUCCAUGGGCAGCUUUGCAAAUGCAAUAGGGCACAUUGCAUGGCAGGAUGGGGGGGGGGGGGGAGAGAGAGAGAAAUAAGCCACUCGAAGUCCUCAACUAAUACAAAUUCCCCUACUUUCCCCAUGUCUUUCCUUAUGCACCUAGGAAUGGAGGUGGCCGCAGUGGCACCUUCUGUGCAAUCUGCAGUGUGUGUGAAAUGAUCCAGCAGCAGAACAUCAUUGAUGUUUUUCACAUAGUGAAAACCCUACGGAACAACAAAUCCAACAUGGUGGAGACACUGGUAAGUACUGCAGGCUGGGUUAGGGUGUAGGAAUGCAUCUCUAGUGAGAUGCUUACGCAAUGGGCCAGUUUUGAAUUAAAUUCUGUGGGUGGAAUUCAACAUCAGGCUAAGGAGAACCGUUCCAUCAGCCAGCACAAGCAUUCGUGUUUGCAAGAUGAAAUGCGCUACCCUCCUGCCCCCUGCACAGUGAGUUCUCCUGAACCUUCUGAGCAGAUCUGGGGAGAACCAGAGUAGGUCCCAUUAUGCUAGCGGGAUUCAACAUGCUGGCUUCUGCUAGCGCAAGAACUUAGUUGAAUUUGGCCCUAUGCUUCAGCUCGGAUGCUUUGUGUUUUUGGAGCGAUUGCCAAUUAAUUUGAUUCACUUCCACCUCACCCUUCAUUGUUGAGGCACUAGGCACCAACUUAAACUGGGGUGCCACCACACAGAAGACCCUCUAGUGUUAAUGCAUAACAUACAAUUUCUGUCUGUGGAACAUUGAGAAGGGAUCUCAAAGGCCUCUUAUGUUGGCCUUUGGAGGAAUACAAGUGAAGGUUCAAGUAACAAAGAGACACAAGUAUUAGAAAUGAAUAGUGCUGGGUAUGCAUUAUCUUGGCCACAUUUCAUUCUGGAUAUUGAAAGAUAAAAAAAUUUCCCCUGAAAAUAAACAAAUGUUAUCACCCCCACUGCCACCCAGCUUCACUUGGUUGUGACUGUCUCCAUCAGUUUCAAUAGACAUCAGACAGCUAACAAGGAGCUUUAAAAGCUUUAUGUUUCCUACAUGUGCACACAUAACUCCUCCCAAUAAGUUGCAAGCCAUAAAUAUUUGUGCUAUAAUUUAAAAGCCCUUUUAGAAUACUAGUGUGCCCCCCUACUAGUUUGCAAACGUUAAGGAAAUAAUUAUGUUAUUUACUGCAUUGUUUUUGAUGUUUAACCUCUACUGAAAUUAAUCAUGCCACCGCAUUCCCAGCCUCAGAACCUGAUUUCUGGUGGUACCUGAUGACCUCAUGAGACCUCAGAGAUGCUUUCCGAGGUCUUGCGAGACUUCAGAAGUUGCAUGCAGGCCUUGCGGUGUGGGUGUCGAGCACCCACAAUUUUUGUGGGUGAUUCAGGGACUUAGAGCCCCCUAUAGUUGGCACCCCUGAAAUGAAUACAGUGCUUAUCACAAUAAACCCAGGACUGGAUGGAAAUAACCAGUGCCUUUUUCUGGGUGGACGCAUACCCCUAAACAUUUUGUGAAUUUAAGUUUGGCUUCUUUGAGGGGAAGUAUUUCAAUAUGAGUAGGAAAAUGAGAGUAACUCUAAACACUUUUUCAAGAAAAAAGCAGUGGAAACAGGCAUCUCCUUACAUCCCUGCUCAGAGUAGACACAUUGUCCAUUAAUUUCAAUGGGCAUACUCUGAACAGGACUCAUAUUGGAGACAAUCUAAACUCACGUGCUCAAGUAGAACAGGAGGAUGAGGCUUGUAAUCACUCUUUUUUCUCAUUAGGCUCUCUUUUUCUUCUCUUUUAGGAACAAUAUAAAUUUGUAUACGAGGUUGCACUGGAAUACUUGAGUUCAUUUUAGCCCAUGAAAAGUGGAGAGCUUGCUGAAUUUCCAAAGCCCUGAUGUCUGAAGGGCACUGGUUCCCCUCGUACUUAAAAGGAGCAAUGGGGUGAGGAAAGCAAAGCUCUUCCACCUGGAGCGAGAGACCAGGUCAGAUCUCAGUGCCAUUGGAAGGAGGAGGGAUCUGCUACCAUCUGCUUUCUCCAGGAACGUCUCUCACUUUUUAAACAACCUACUGUACAAAUUGGCAAGCCACGAGGCAGGCUGGAAGACUCUGAUUUCUAAUCCUUUCUGACUGCUUCACUCUGCCAUUUUGGAUGUGUAUUUUUGUUUCUCCUUGAUACGAAUGGGGAAGGGGGAUUACUGGAAUAAUCAGUCGCCUUUCAACUCCUCUUUCUCUUCGCCUCCCCCACAAAUCCUCACUUUAUGUUUUUAGUUUUCUAUAUCAGCCAUUUGGCAAAAGAGGAAAGCUUCAGUAGACCCACGUUAAGGCUUUCAGCACAGUGAGUCUUUGUGAUCAGCUUUUCAAAUGAAAAGGCCACUGCAAUGAAGCUGUAAUUUUCUGUCUGCUCCCAUUGUCUUAGAAGCAGGCCAUGGAACCAAGAGGCUGUUGGUGAAUUUGCUGCCUUGGUUGCUACACAGUGCUACUCAAUUUCCAAUGUUGUGCAUGGGUUGGUUCAUAGCGGCUGCAGCACUGGUGAAGCAGUUCUGUUAAAUUGCACCUCCUAGCCAUCUAAAUCAAAGACACCCUAAAAUUAUCUUCAUGCUUCAAACAAUUAUUGGUCUUUGGUUUGUAAUGAAGUUAAUUGAGUUUUACCUUAAGUAUUUGUUUGUGUACAGUGUCUCUUUAAAAGCAGGAUGUCAUGGAGGGGCAGGCUUGUUAUAUAUCUGCUGGUUGUUUUGCAGUACACGCAGCUUGGAGGUUGUCUGCACCUUCUAUAUAGUCAUUUUCUGAGGGCAAGUUCUGUAAGAGAAUAGGUGAUAAUGGUCAGUCUGGCAGGCUCAUCAGAGAUGCAACUCCCUGUUUUGGCAAGGGGCACUAGUCUGCUAUAACUAAACCUGUAAGAAUGGGUGACAGAAGUUUCACACCAUCUAAUGAACUGAGUUAUUAGGGGAAAUAUAACAUGUGAACUCAAGCAAUGUGAUGUAGACCUAUCUGACUGUGAGAGUCGAGAGAUGAUGUAGAGUAUUCAUAACUCAGAACAAAGGAGAUUGGUAAAGUAUAGAAUUGUCACAAUGUACGUGAGAUCUGACAGCUCUCCAAACAAUCCGAUUCCAGAUUGGUACAUGGUAAAUUGAUGGUUAUGCCUCAAAACAGAACACUUAGCUUUUCUAAAUUUGUAAAAGGCAAGAGGAGUAUGCUAUACCCGUCUCCAAAUAUAGGAACUGUUGUUGUUUUUCCCUUUCAAAAGGACGGAAUUCAGGUAGAAGUUGGCAAGCACACAGAGAGGGUUGAUGUUGGUAUAUUAAGGAAGACAGGGGGAAGUUUUAUUCUGCAGAUUUUUCUGUGAAAUCCUAAGAAGCAAUUCUUGGAAACAUACACUGGACAAUUCUGCCUUGCUGUCUCAGGUCAACAAUUAUAUUUUGAAGCUGUAAGACCGUGGGUAAAUUGGAUAAUAUGCAAUGGCUGGUUGCUGUUUCAUUGUGGGCAGCCAACCCUAUUGAAAUGAUGCAGCUGUUAUAGCUGUUCAUGUAUUUUUAUAUGCUUAGCCAUCAGGCUUCUUUAAAGAGGUGC